AUGUCUGUCCUCUGCCCUACAGAGAAGAAAAGGCGGAAUGUGGAGCUGAUCCCUCUGACGGCGCGGAUGAUCAUGACACACCUUGUGAACCACCUGGGCCACCAUCCCCUCAGCGGUGGCCCCGCCCUCUUACACAGCCUGGUCAGUGAGAACCACGACAACCCCUUUGUGGAGUCAUCAGAGCUCUCCUCGGAGGUGUUCAAGAGCCCCAACCUGCAGCUGUUUGUUUUCAACGACAGCACCCUGGUGUCUUACCUCCAGGUGCCCUCGGAGCCCUCUGGUCCAGGGGAACCCCACGACAACUCCUCCCAGGUACGCGUCAUCGUCAGGGACAUCUCUGGAAAGUACUCCUGGGACGGAGGGGUUCUCUACCGCACCCAAGAUGGAGUCAACCAGAUGCAUCAGGGGAGUGAAGAGUCUUCAAACCACUCCACCACCAAGCCCACCUCGCCCGGGACCUCUGAACGCUCCUACCAUCCAGGCUGCGACUCCCAGUCAGGCUGUGAGGAGGAGGAGGUGGAUGUCCUGGACCAACUCCUGGAGGACCUGGGCUACAGCAGCCCUGAGUGCCUGCCCCAGCUCCGGCUGAGGCUCAACCAGCCAGCCCCCUCUCCCUGCGGGAUGAACCUGGAGCAGGAGAGGGCCAUCGUGGAGGCCAUCCUCAGGCAGACACAGCAGGAGGAGGAGCAGGUGAAGAGGUGGAACGCAGACGUGAGCGUCAAGGCCGCCGGCCAGAGAGAACCCACUCACCAGGAGCCCAAAGCCCCCUUCUACUUCUGCAGGCUGCUACUCAACGACCUGGGCAUGAACUCAUGGGACCACAGGUACAGAGCAGAGCACAACACCUCCACAGCUGUAGACUAGUUAGAAGAAUACCUCACAGAGAGAGAAAAAAAGUCUGGCAUGGCAGGGUGUGGAGUCUGUUAAUCUGCUCUCCACAGGCAACUGUGCCCAACUGUUUUCACUCAGGUCCACCUUGGCAGGUGGCAGGUGCCUUCUGCUGAAUGUGAGGCUCACACCUCUGGGGAAGGAAGCGGAGACCACCUCCAGUAGAUUAUUAAUUUCUCCGAGCCCAAUUUAAACCUCUACACCUGUUACUCCUCAGACCAAAAACCAAACUAAAACAUGAAACUUUCUUAUCCUACUUUCAGUCUGUGUUUUACCAUUCAACAAUAACAGGCCCAAGCUUUGCACUGGUACACUGUGAAGGGCCAUCUGGCUGAUCAUUUAACAAUUCUAAUAAUUGUCAAUGGAUGCAUUCAAGUUCAAUUUUGUUUAUUCCUUUUCAGGAAAAGCUUUCAUCUCCUGAAGAAGAACUCCAAGCUCUUGAGAGAACUGAAGAAUUUGGAUUCCAGACAGUGGUAUGUUCUUACACACCCAUUAUUUAGGGCCUCUUCAGCACACACUGUAUCCCUAGAUAACAUUGGUAUAAAUGAUGUGCUUCUUGUUCGGUAUUUUAAAAAAAUGAAUUUACUGAAUGAUGUAUCAUAGUCUUUCAUUUCUAAUGAAGACCUUUUUAAUAAACCAACCUAGAUUUCAGCUGGGUAUAUUCUAGUUAAGCCUGCAUUCCAUAUCAGUCAUUACUCUGAACCUAAGCCCACUAAUGAAGCUUCCCUUCCUCUAAAUCAUUAAAGAUCACACUCUCAAGGCGACAUGUAUUAAAACAGCUCCACGCUUUCCUCCUCCUCUCCUCCUAAUCCACACCAUCUCAGGCUGGUCACAGCUCGGCAGCACUCACACACUCGCACACAGCGAUCAAUAGGCACUCCACACUGCUAAUGACUGGGGCUUAUUAAAGAAUACCCCCAGGAUUGGGCAUCAUUCUGCCAGGCCAGCGAGCAUACCUGGGCCGCUCAUGGCAACCUGUGUCGAAACAUGCAAAAUGCCCCCAAUUUAACACAGAGCCACGCGCCACACUGGCAACAAUGAAGCACAUGGGUGGAACUCUGUCUGCUCUUGUUUUGUUUGUCACAUGAGGUGGGGGAUAUGAGGAAAGUAAACACACACACAUACUAUUGUGUACUCACUCUGACACACACACACACACGCUGCUCGCUCUAAUAUUAGACCAUGUUAGCUACGACUAUUUUGCACAGUGUUGUGUGGAGGUGUACGUUUGGAGGUGUGUAGUUCACAUUUCAGAGCACGCUCAUCUUAACUGGGCUGAGUGGGGAGUAGGGAUGUGCAACGAUAUUGAAAUAUUUGAAUACUGAAAAAGAAAAUGUAUAGGCCUAUUUUAACACAAAGGCUUUUUCUAAAUUAAAUUAAAAUAUCCAUGUGAUAUUGUUACAUACAAGGAUAUACCAUGACAUUUCAAUUAAUUAAUUUAAUGAAACCAAUAACGUUUCAAUGUUGAUUUUAUGAUGUUUGCCCCAUUAAAACGACUGGUUGCCUUCAUGUGCAGUUUGUUUAUGUUUGCUAAGCAAAGCGGCAAAGAGCCUCCAUGUGUAGUGAUUUCAGUGCAAUUACGGAAUGAAAAGUUAGCAAAAUGAGAAGGAGUAGGCUACAACCAGCAACCAUCUGAAUGGGGUUGGGUUAUAUGGAGUGAUAAAUAACAUUGUGGCUGCUACAAGUUAGCUAGUCUUGGCUGUAGCCGAGUAGCGUCGCUCUCUCCGCCUCCAUCUGCUCGCUCCCAUCUCACCAGCCGCUCCACAGCUGCGGCGAUAGAGCGCCAGCCUCGCGCAGCAGUGCUCAUGUUAAAAACGUACGUUUAGAAAACCACAUGUAUUACAAAUAUCCAGAUAUCCGACAAAAAUGAAUGAUACUAUUCAAAUAGUGAAAUGAUUUCAAACCCCUAUCCCCACAGUGUAACUGCAUUAGGUUCAUUGUUCUAACAACAGAUCUUGUGUGUUUGUCUUACAGCAGGGAGACGCACAAGAUUGCUGUGUUCUACAUCGGAGAGGGUCAGGAGGAUAAGUGCUCCAUCCUGUCCAACAGCACAGGCAGCCAGGCCUACGAAGACUUUGUGUCAGGCCUGGGAUGGGAGGUACAGAAAACACACACCCCUGCAGUAUCUCUCUUACAGUGGGGGAAAAAAGUAUUUAGUCAGCCACCAAUUGUGCAAGUUCUCCCACUUAAAAAGAUGAGAGAGGCCUGUAAUUUUCAUCAUAGGUACAUGUCAACUAUGACAGACAAAUUGAGAAAAAUAAAUCCAGAAAAUCACAUUGUAGGAUUUUUAAUGAAUUUAUUUGCAAAUUAUGGUGGAAAAUAAGUAUUUGGUCACCUACAAACAAGCAAGAUUUCUGGCUCUCACAGACCUGUAACUGUCCUCCACUCGUUACCUGUAUUAAUGGCACCUGUUUGCACUUGUUAUCAGUAUAAAAGACACCUGUCCACAACCUCAAACAGUCACACUCCAAACUCCACUAUGGCCAAGACCAAAGAGCUGUCAAAGGACACCAGAAACAAAAUUGUAGACCUGCACCAGGCUGGGAAGACUGAAUCUGCAAUAGGUAAGCAGCUUGGUUUGAAGAAAUCAACUGUGGGAGCAAUUAUUAGGAAAUGGAAGACAUACAAGACCACUGAUAAUCUCCCUCGAUCUGGGGCUCCACGCAAGAUCUCACCCCGUGGGGUCAAAAUGAUCACAAGAACGGUGAGCAAAAAUCCCAGAACCAUACGGGGGAACCUAGUGAAUGACCUGCAGAGAGCUGGGACCAAAGUAACAAAGCCUACCAUCAGUAACACACUACGCCGCCAGGGACUCAAAUCCUGCAGUGCCAGACGUGUCCCCCUGCUUAAGCCAGUACAUGUCCAGGCCCGUCUGAAGUUUGCUAGAGUGCAUUUGGAUGAUCCAGAAGAGGAUUGGGAGAAUGUCAUAUGGUCAGAUGAAACCAAAAUAGAACUUUUUGGUAAAAGCUCAACUUGUCGUGUUUGGAGGACAAAGAAUGCUGAGUUGCAUCCAAAGAACACCAUACCAACUGUGAAGCAUGGGGGUGGAAACAUCAUGCUUUGGGGCUGUUUUUCUGCAAAGGGACCAGGACGACUGAUCCGUGUAAAGGAAAGAAUGAAUUGGCCAUGUAUCGUGAAUUGGCCAUGUAUCGUGAGAUUUUGAGUGAAAACCUCCUUCCAUCAGCAAGGGCAUUGAAGAUGAAACGUGGCUGGGUCUUUCAGCAUGACAAUGAUCCCAAACACACCGCCCGGGCAACGAAGGAGUGGCUUCGUAAGAAGCAUUUCAAGGUCCUGGAGUGGCCUAGCCAGUCUCCAGAUCUCAACCCCAUAGAAAAUCUUUGGAGGGAGUUGAAAGUCCGUGUUGCCCAGCGACAGCCCAAAAACAUCACUGCUCUAGAGGAGAUCUGCAUGGAGGAAUGGGCCAAAAUACCAGCAACAGUGUGUGAAAACCUUGUGAAAACUUACAGAAAACGUUUGACCUGUGUCAUUGCCAACAAAGGGUAUAUAACAAAGUAUUUUUAAACGUUUGUUAUUGACCAAAUACUUAUUUUCCACCAUAAUUUGCAAAUAAAUUCAUUAAAAAUCCUACAAUGUGAUUUUCUGGAUUUUUUUCUUCUAAUUUUGUCUGUCAUAGUUGACGUGUACCUAUGAUGAAAAUUACAGGCCUCUCAUCUUUUUAAGUGGGAGAACUUGCACAAUUGGUGGCUGACUAAAUACUUUUUUUCUCCACUGUAUCUCACACGCACACUGACAUCACACUCUCCUAACCGUGUUGUGUGUCUGUGGUUUCUGUCAGGUUGAUCUAGCCACACACUGUGGCUUCAUGGGAGGGCUUCAGAGGAACGGCAGCACAGGACACACUGCUCCGUACUACGCUACCUCCACGGUGGAAGUCAUCUUGCAUGUGUCCACACGCAUGCCGUCUAACUCUGACGACUGCCUCACCAAAAAGGUACUAUUGCUCCCUCUAGAUCAAAGAAGGGAACGUCAGAAAAGCCUGCAAAAGGGAAGACAAUCAACAACCAAAACUUGUUUGUUGGUUUGCCAUUGACUGAAAAAGCUCCUUAACCUACACUGUGUUAAUACCUGUCACUACACUAAUAAUGUAGCAAGGUCCACGGUCCUUCAAACAACGUAAUGUCUGCAUACAAAACACAGUGUAUACAGAGGGAAAUGGCCUCAGAGCCGUGCCCUGUCUAUCAGUGUGCUGUCUUAGCUCUUCACUCUGUCCGAAACUGAGGUCAGGUGGUGUGACUCCUGGGUUCUGGCACUGACUAGUAAGCCUGGGAAGGCCUGAGGAGUAGAGAGAGGAGCAGGCGUGUAAGAAGGGGCAUGUGUGGUUACGGUAAUGACCGUGAUUCCCGGACCUGUUUACCCCCCCUUCCCUGGGUGCUGUGACCGGGGCCCAGAUUCAGCCAUUAGCUGUCCCUGGCAGUGCAGGCGCCGGGCAGAUGCCGGCAGGACGUUUUUAUCCCAUUCCGGCCGUGACGGCGGGAGCGAUCGAUGGCUGUUUCCCUGGCUGUAGCAGACCAGCAGCAGUUAGCAUGGAGAAAUGAGCCGCGAGGCCCCUGCCCAAGCAGCCAGUCUUCUCAUAUGGUGUCCCACGGAGAGAGGAAAUUCAUCAGGCCAUCCUCAUAUACCUCCCCCCCCCCCCCCCCCCCCCCCCCCACACCAUCACCAUGUCUGCCCCUCUCCCCCUAAAAAACAGCCCUGCACCAACCCCAUACUGAACCUGUGCUCAGCGGCUGCGGAAAUUCGUUUGAUUUUGGCUAGCUGGUGUGAGGCGCUGGAGGGGCGGCCCAGCUUUGGCUGGAGUGUGCCUUCAGCCCGCUUCGAUUCAUUUGACUGGGAGCCCCUGUAAUUGCACUCCUCUCUUCCCAGAACCCUGCGCUAGCCAAAGGCAAGACAGAAAUUGGCAGCUCGGCGGCGCGUGUGGAGGCUAACGGGGGUGGGAGGGAGGGGGAUGAAAAAGAGGCUGUAUCAGCGUCCAGGCAGGAAGUUUCUUUGUCAAUUUACAAAUAAAACAUUCAGCCUCGCCGACCGCCUGCUCUUAAAUGCAUACUGUGUGUUGGGCAACGCUUUCGCUGGCCAGAUUGUCUAUCUGAGGGAAAGAGGGAUGAAAGGCCCCCAGUUACACUAAAAAGGAAAACGGGAAAAAACAUAAAUUCCUCCAAUCCAAUUGUGGGCUUGAGGGCAGAGUGGUGCAGCGCCCAGCAGCAGCAGCUGGCUGUAGUAAUGUGGUUAUAGGAGUGAGGUGGGGGUCAGGCCAUGUAGGGUCCUAAUGUCAGAGCGAGGGGCGCCCGGCCAGCCCCACACUCACAACCAGCACCAGGGCUUAACUGAGCUCUGUGUUUUUAGAAGGGAGCACUUGUGCUGCUGAGAGGCCUGCUGUGUGUUAGUGUGGAUGGGAGGUCAUUGAGGGCUAAUUGGACAAGGGCCUUUGACUGAAGCCACGCACAGGAGUGAUUCUAGUGCCACACAUAGCUACAGUACUGUGUAGUAGGGACAGGGAUGUCAUUCUUCCUGCCUUUCUCACAUCCUCCUCUAUUCAUAUAUCAUUGAAAUCGACCUACCCACAAACCACUAUCCUCCUUUCCCUGACGUUCCAUGUUCUCCUGACUCCUAAUCACAUCCCCUAGUCUUGGAGAGCUUGGUGCAGGAGACGACAGAGACAUUAGCAUUUACCCAGACAGUCCUGCCUCUUGGUUCAAAUCAUUCAAUGUACACUGAACAAAAAUAUAAACGCAACAUGCAACAAUCAUUUUACUGAGUUACAGUUCAUAUAAGGAAAUCAGUCAAUUGAAAUAAAUUCAUUAGGCCCUAAUCUAUGGUUUCACAUGACUGGGAAUACAGAUAUGCAUCUGUUGGUCACAGAUACCUUCAAAGAAAUGGGCCUCAGGAUCUCGUCACGGUAUUUCUGUGCAUUCAACUUGUCAUUGAUAAAAUGCAAUUGUGUUCGUUGUCCAUAGCUUAUGCCUGUCCUUUGAAUAACCCCACCGUCACCAUGGGGCACUCUGUUCACAACGUUGACAUCAGCAAACGGCUCACCCACAGGAGAGAAAUGAGAACAUUAAAUUAUCUGCCAACAGCUCUGGUGGACAUUCCUGCAGUCAGCAUAACAAUUGCACGCUCCCUCAAAACAUGAGACAUCUGUGGCAUUGUGUUGUGUGACAAAACUGCACAUUUUAGAGUGGCCUUUUAUUGUCCCCAGCACAACGUGCACCUGUGUAAUGAUCAUGAUGUUUAAUUAGCUUCUUGAUAUGCCACACCUGCCAGGUGGCUGGAUUAUCUUGGCAAAGGACAAAUACUCACUAACAUUUACAUUUUAGUCAUUUAGCAGACGCUCUUAUCCAGAGCGACUUACAGUUAGUGAGUGCAUACAUUCUUUUUUUUUUUUUCAUACUGGCCCCCCGUGGGAAUCGAACCCACAACCCUGGCGUUGGAAACGCCAUGCUCUACCAACUGAGCUACAUCCCUGCCAACAGGGAUGUGAACACAUUUUUGCACAACAUUUGAGAGAAAUAAGCUUUUUGUGCGUAUGGAAGAUGUCUGUAAUCUUUUAUUUCAGCUCAUGAAACAUGGGACCAACACUUUACAUGUUGUGUUUAUAUUUUUGUUCAGUGUAAUAUUCAAAUGUUAAUUAAAAUCCUUAUGAUUUUUGUGGGCAACCUCGACAUGCAUAUUCAACAUUCUUGGUUAAUUUGUGACCGUGUCUGUCUGACCUGCACUGGUGCCAUUGAUCCUUGUACAGAUGAGAUGAACCAGUGAGCACAAUGUUUAAUCAGCGAGUUGUGGAUUUGUUUAACAUUAUGCCAUUACCAUAAUUAAGGGCUUAUAAUAAUGUGCUAAUUGCAUUUUUUUGGGUGGUGAGGGCAUGUUUUCUUAAUGGCUCAUUAGACCCAAGUACAUUGGCAGAUGUUUUCCUCCUCUCUGUCAGUCAGUGAGGAGGCCCAGCCUUGAUGUUGCCACAUAAUCAGGGACAGGAGUUUUUUUCUAACCUCGUCACCUGAUGAGGAAAAACUCUGUGCCCUUACUAGGCCCAGUUUAUCCUUAUCUAGGUCACGUGGUCAUGAACAAAAACAGGUUUCCCCAUUAUUGAUGGGUAAAGGCCAGUGAGGUUGGAAUGGCCGCCCUUAACCCAUCACUCAAUGUCCACGUCAGCCACAAUACUGAGGGAAGACUGUUCUUUCACUUCCCCUCUGCCUUGGUUGAAAAAGAGUGCUACAUUAACUAUCUGCCAAUUUCCUGUCAUUUGUGUAAUUUCUGUCCUGACUUCAUUUGUAUUUAUGAAUAGAACAUGGAAAUUUGAUGCAAUUUUAUGUCUUUGUAAAGUUAAUUUCAAUGAUUGGUUUUAAAAUGCUCAAUUUGAUGUUUUUGUUGUUGUUUGAAUUUCCAGUGGAAGUUCAAAUUAUAAGAUGCUUUGUCACAAAACCCAGAGCGGUGGUAAUAGCUAACAUAUAUUAAAACCUUUUUAUAGGAAUAACUAUUUUUUUUCUGACCGUUGUGGGCGCCGUAGCGAUGUCUAAACCCUGUGAUUUGUUCUGGUGCAGCUGCGUCACCUGGGAAACGACGAGGUUCACAUAGUGUGGUCGGAGCACAGCAGGGACUACCGCCGCGGCAUCAUCCCCACUGACUUUGGAGAUGUGCUGAUCAUCGUGUACCCCAUGAAGAACCACAUGUUCUUCAUCCAGAUCAUGAAGAAACCACAGGUACUGCUGCUACAGAUCAGCUGGCUGGCUCAAAACCUAAAUGGCUUUUGGGGCUUGUUUUUGCACUUGCUUGAUUAUUUUCCACUAAAUGUAUGUGUGUAAUGGAUACACUAUUUUACUUACUGUCUUUUUAGCAUUAAACAAAUAUAAUAGGACUCCUUCACCAUUUCCCUGCUUCAGCAUAUCCAACUCUUUGUUUGGAAAAAGGUAUCAGCUGUCUGAUCUUCACUUAGAGAACCCCUCUCCUUAUUCAUGGCCCUUGAGACUGCCUUGUUGGUUGAGUGGAUUACCGGUUUGUCUGUCUGCCUGCCUAUGUGACUCUGAGAUGGACGCUCCAAUGCCCUCCUCUUCUACUCCAGUCCAUUACCCUCACUGUGGGUAUGUGCUCUGAGGCAGUCAGUGUCGCUCAGCUAGCUUUCAUCUUGGUUCUGAGCCACUGCACACAGAGCUCUGGAUCGACUGACUGGCUGGGUCAAAGAGUACCGGUCACAAUGUAACCAUCAACAGGCUGUGUUAUAAUAUACAGUGCCUUCAGAAAGUAUUCACACCCCUUGACUUUUUCCAAAACAGUUUGUGUUACAAAGUAGGAUUAACAUUUAUUGAAUUAUCCUUUUUUGGCAAAGAUUUACACAAAAUACUCUAAUGUCAAAGUGGAAGAAAAAUGUGGACAUUUGUAAAUAUAUAUAUAUAUUCCAAAACAGUUUGUGUUACAAAGUAGGAUUAACAUUUAUUGAAUUAUCCUUUUUUGGCAAAGAUUUACACAAAAUACUCUAAUGUCAAAGUGGAAGAAAAAUGUGGACAUUUGUAAAUAUAUAUAUAUAUAUGAAAUGAUCAGUCUAUAAUUUUAAUGGUAGGUUUAUUUGAACAGUGAGAGACAGAAUAACAACAACAAAAUCCAGAAAGAUGCAUGUCAAAAAUGUUAUAAAUUGAUCAAUCAGAAAGAUUUCUGGCUCCCAGGUGUCUUUUAUACAGGUAACGAGCUGAGAUUAGGAGCACACUCUUAAAGGGAGUGCUCCUAAUCUGAGCUUGUUACCUGUAUGAAAGACACCUGUCCUCAGAAGCAAUCAAUCAGAUUCCAAACUCUCCACCAUGGCCAAGACCAAAGAGCUCUCCAAGGAUGUCGGGGACAAGAUUGUAGACCUACACAAGGCUGGAAUGGGCUACAAGACCAUCGCCAAGCAGCUUGGUGAGAAGGUUCCAACAGUUGGUGCGAUUAUUCGCAAAUGGAAGAAACACAAAAUAACUGUAAAUCUCCCUCGGCCUGGGGCUCCAUGCAAGAUCUCACCUCGUGGAGUUGCAAUGAUCAUGAGAACGGUGAGGAAUCAGCCCAGAACUACAGCUGGGACCAUAGUCACCAAGAAAACAAUUGGUAACACACUACGCCGUGAAGGACUGAAAUCCUGCAGUGCCCGCAAGGUCCCCCUGCUCAAGAAAGCACAUAUACAUGCCCGUCUGAAGUUUGCCAAUGAACAUCUGAAUGAUUCAGAGGAGAACUGGGUGAAAGUGUUGUGGUCAGAUGAGAUUAAAAUGGAGCUCUUUGGCAUCAACAUUUACAUUUACAUUUUUAGUCAUUUAGCAGACGCUCUUAUCCAGAGCGACUUACAUUUAUUUUUUUAUUUUUUUAUACUGGCCCCCUGUGGGAAUCGAACCCACAACCCUGGCGUUGCAAACGCCAUGCUCUAUCAACUGAGCUACAUCCCUGCCGGCCAUUCCCCCCCCUACCCUGGACGACGCUGGGCCAAUUGUGCGCCGCCCUUGAGUCUCCCGGUCGCGGCAGGCUGCGACAGAGCCUGGAUCAACUCAACUCGCCGUGUUUGGAGGAGGAGGAAUGCUGCCUAUGACCCCAAGAACACCAUCCCCACCGUUAAACAUGAAGGUGGAAACAUUAUGCUUUGGGGGGUUUUCUGCUAAUGGGACAGGACAACUUAACCGCAUCAAAGGGACGAUGGACAGGGCCAUGUACCGUCAAAUCUUGGGUGAGAACCUCCUUCCCUCAGCCAGGGUUGAAAAUGGUUCGUGGAUGGGUAUUCCAGCAUGACAAUGACCCAAAACACACAGCCAAGGCAACAAAGGAGUGGCUCAAGAAGAAACACAUUAAGGUCCUGGAGUGGCCUAGCCAGUCUCCAGACCUUAAUCCCAUAGAAAAUCUGUGGAGGGAGCUGAAGGUUCGAGUUGCCAAAUGUCAGCCUCGUAACCUUAAUGACGUGGAGAAGAUCUGCAAAGAGGAGUGGGACAAAAUCCCUCCUGAGAUGUGUGCAAACCUGGUGGCCAACUACAAGAAAUGUCUGACCUCUGUGAUUGCCAACAAGGGUUUUGCCACCAAGUACUAAGUAAUGUUUUGCAUAGGGGUCAAAUACUUAUUUCCCUCAUUAAAAUGCAAAUCAAUUCAUAACAUUUUAGACAUGUGUUUUUCUGGAUUUUUGUUGUUGUUAUUCUGUCUCUCACUGUUCAAAUAAACCUACCAUUCAAAUGAUAGACUGAUCAUUUCUUUGUCAGUGGGCAAACAUACAAAAUCAGCAGGGGAUCAAAUACUUUUUUCCCUCAUUUUUCAUAUAUAUAUAUAUAUAUAUAUAUACACUGCUCAAAAAAAUAAAGGGACACACACUUAAACAACACAUCCUAGAUCUGAAUGAAUGAAAUAAUCUUAUUAAAUACUUUUUAAUAUGCUGACAACAAAAUCACACAAAAAUUAUCAGUGGAAAUCAAAUGUAUCAACCCAUGGAGGUCUGGAUUUGGAGUCACCCUCAAAAUUAAAGUGGAAAACCACACUACAGGCUGAUCCAACUUUGAUGUAAUGUCCUUAAAACAAGUCAAAAUGAGGCUCAGUAGUGUGUGUGGCCUCCACGUGCCUGUAUGACCUCCCUACAACGCCUGGGCAUGCUCCUGAUGAGGUGGCGGAUGGUCUCCUGAGGGAUCUCCUCCCAGACCUGGACUAAAGCAUCCGCCAACUCCUGGACAGUCUGUGGUGCAACGUGGCGCUGGUGGAUGGAGCGAGACAUGAUGUCCCAGUUGUGCUCAAUUGGAUUCAGGUCUGGGGAACGGGCGGGCCAGUCCAUAGCAUCAAUGCCUUCCUCUUGCAGGAACUGCUGACACACUCCAGCCACAUGAGGUCUAGCAUUGUCUUGUAUUAGGAGGAACCCAGGGCCAACCGCACCAGCAUAUGGUCUCACAAGGGGUCUGAGGAUCUCAUCUCGGUACCUAAUGGCAGUCAGGCUACCUCUGGCGAGCACAUGGAGGGCUGUGCGGCCCCCCAAAGAAAUGCCACCCCACACCAUGACUGACCCACCGCCAAACCGGUCAUGCUGGAGGAUGUUGCAGGCAGCAGAACGUUCUCCACGGCAUCUCCAGACUCUGUCACGUCUGUCACAUGUGCUCAGUGUGAACCUGCUUUCAUCUGUGAAGAGCACAGGGCGCCAGUGGCGAAUUUGCCAAUCUUGGUGUUCUCUGGCAAAUGCCAAACGUCCUGCACGGUGUUGGGCUGUAAGCACAACCCCCACCUGUGGACGUCGGGCCCUCAAACCACCCUCAUGGAGUCUGUUUCUGACCGUUUGAGCAGACACAUGCACAUUUGUGGCCUGCUGGAGGUCAUUUUGCAGGGCUCUGGCAGUGCUCAUCCUGCUCCUCCUUGCACAAAGGCGGAGGUAGCGGUCCUGCUGCUGGGUUGUUGCCCUCCUACGGCCUCCUCCACGUCUCCUGAUGUACUGGCCUAUCUCCUGGUAGCGCCUCCAUGCUCUGGACACUACGCUGACAGACACAGCAAACCUUCUUGCCACAGCUCGCAUUGAUGUGCCAUCCUGGAUGAGCUGCACUACCUGGGCCACUUGUGUGGGUUGUAGACUCCAUCUCAUGCUACCACUAGAGUGAAAGCACCGCCAGCAUUCAAAAGUGACCAAAACAUCAGCCAGGAAGCAUAGGAACUGAAAAGUGGUCUGUGGUCACCACCUGCAGAACCACUUCUUUAUUGGGGGUGUCUUGCUAAUUGCCUAUAAUUUCCACCUGUUGUCUAUUCCAUUUGCACAACAGCAUGUGACAUUUAUUGUCAAUCAGUGUUGCUUCCUAAGUGGACAGUUUGAUUUCACAGAAGUGUGAUUGACUUGAAGUAAUGAUGGACUGUCAUUUCUCUUUGCUUAUUUGAGCUGUUCUUGCCAUAAUAUGGACUUGGUCUUUUACCAAAUAGGUCUAUCUUCUGUAUACCAACCCUACCUUGUCACAACACAACUGAUUGGCUCAAACGUGUUAAGAAGGAAAGAAAUACCACAAAUUAACUUUUAAGAAGGCACACCUGUUAAUUGAAAUGCAUUCCAGGUGACUACCUCAUAAAGCUGGUUGAGAGAAUGCCAAGAGUGUGCAAAGCUGUCAUCAAGGCGAAGGGUGGCUACUUUGAAGAAUCUAAAAUCUAAAAUAUAUUUUGUUUUGUUUAACACUUCUUUGGUUACUACAUAAUUCCAUAUGUGUUUUUUCAUAGUUUUGAUGUCUUCACUAUUAUUCUACAAUAUAGAAAAUAGUUUUAAAAAUUAAAGAAAAACCCUUGAACGAGUAGGUAUGUCCAGACUUUUGACUGGUACUGUGUGUGUGUGUGUGUGUGUGUGUGUGUGUGUGUGUGUGUGUGUGUGUGUGUGUGUGUGUGUGUGCACGUACGUACAGUGGGGAGAACAAGUAUUUGAUACACUGCCAAUUUUGCAGGUUUUCCUACUUACAAAGCAUGUAGAGGUCUGUAAUUUUUAUCAUAGGUACACUUCAACUGUGAGAGACGGAAUAUAAAACAAAAAUCCAGAAAAUCACAUUGUAUGAUUUUUAAGUAAUUAAUUUUCAUUUUAUUGCAUGACAUAAGUAUUUGAUACAUCAGAAAAGCCGAACUUAAUAUUUGGUACAGAAACCUUUAUUUGCAAUUACAGAGAUCAUACGUUUCCUGUAGGUCUUGACCAGGUUUGCACACACUGCAGCAGGGAUUUUGGCCCACUCCUCCAUACAGACCUUCUCCAGAUCCUUCAGGUUUCGGGGUUGUCGCUGGGCAAUACAGACUUUCAGCUCCCUCCAAAGAUGUUCUAUUGGGUUCAUGUCUGGCUAGGCCACUCCAGGACCUUGAGAUGCUUCUUACGGAGCCACUCCUUAGUUGCCCUGGCUGUGUGUUUCGGGUCGUUGUCAUGCUGGAAGACCCAGCCACGACCCAUCUUCAAUGCUCUUACUGAGGGAAGGAGGUUGUUGGCCAAGAUCUCGCGAUACAUGGCCCCAUCCAUCCUCCCCUCAAUACGGUGCAGUCGUCCUGUCCCCUUUGCAGAAAAGCAUCCCCAAAGAAUUAUGUUUCCACCUCCAUGCUUCACGGUUGGAAUGGUAUUCUUGGGGUUGUACUCAUUCUUCUUCUUCCUCCAAACACGGCGAGUGGAGUUUAGACCAAAAAGCUCUAUUUUUGUCUCAUCAGACCACAUGACCUUCUCCCAUUCCUCCUCUGGAUCAUCCAGAUGGUCAAUUGCAAACUUCAGACGGGCCUGGACAUGCGCUGGCUUGAGCAGGGUGACCUUGCGUGCGCUGCAGGAUUUUAAUCCAUGACGGCGUAGUGUGUUACUAAUGGUUUUCUUUGAGACUGUGGUCCCAGCUCUCUUCAGGUCAUUGACCAGGUCCUGCCGUGUAGUUCUGGGCUGAUCCCUCACCUUCCUCAUGAUCAUUGAUGCCCCACGAGGUGAGAUCUUGCAUGGAGCCCCAGACCGAGGGUGAUUGACCGUCAUCUUGAACUUCUUCCAUUUUCUAAUAAUUGCGCCAACAGUUGUUGCCUUCUCACCAAGCUGCUUGCCUAUUGUCCUGUAGCCCAUCCCAGCCUUGUGCAGGUCUACAAUUUUAUCCCUGAUGUCCUUACACAGCUCUCUGGUCUUGGCCAUUGUGGAGAGGUUGGAGUCUGUUUGAUUGAGUGUGUGGACAGGUGUCUUUUAUACAGGUAAUGAGUUCAAACAGGUGCAGUUAAUACAGGUAAUGAGUGGAGAACAGGAGGGCUUAAAGAAAAACGAACAGGUCUGUGAUAGCCGGAAUUCUUACUGGUUGGUAGGUGAUCAAAUACUUAUGUCAUGCAAUAAAAUGCAAAUGAAUUACUUAAAAAUCAUACAAUGUGAUUUUCUGGAUUUUUGUUUUAGAUUCUGUCUCUCACAGUUGAAGUGUACCCAUGAUAAAAAUUACAGACCUCUACAUGCUUUGUAAGUAGGAAAACCUGCAAAAUCGGCAGUGUAUCAAAUACUUGUUCUCCCCACUGUAUGUAUGUAUAUGUGUGUGUAUAUAUAUAAUAUGAAAAAUCAAGCACUAAUAUAUCUUGAUUUAGAUAACUAUUCAACCCCCUGAGUCAAUACAUGUUAGAAUCACCUUUGGCAACGAUUACAGCUGUAAGUCUCUAAGAGCUUUCCCCACCUGGAUUGUGCAACAUUUUCCCAUUAUACUUUCCAACAUUCUUCAAGCUCUGUCAAAUUGGUUGUUGAUCAUUGCUAGUCAACCAUUUUCAGGUCUUGCCAUAGAUUUUCAAGCAGAUUUAAGUAAAAACUAUUACUGGGCCACUCAGGAACAUUCACUGUCUUCUUGGUAAGCAACUAAAUUGUAGAUAUUACCUAGUUAUUGUCCUGCUGAAAGGUUAACUAAUCUCCCAGUUUCUGGUGGAAAGCAGACUGAACCAGGUUUUCCUGUAGGAUUUUGCCUGUGCUUAGCUCCAUUUUAUUUCUUUUUUAUCCUGAAAAACUCCUCAAUCCUUAAUGAUUACAAGCAUACCCAUAACAUGAUGCAGCCACCGCUAUGCUUGAAAAUAUGGAGAGUGGUACUCAGUAAUGUGUUAUAUGUUUGGGGCAAAUCCAAUAACACUUUGCAUUCAGGACAAAAAGGGAAUUGCUUUGCCACAUUUUUUUGCAGCAUUACUUUAGCGCCUUGUUGCAAACAGGAUGCAUGUUUUGGAAUACUUAAAAAAUGCACAGGCUUCCUUCUUUACACUCUGUUAAUUAGGUUUGUAUUCUGGAGUAACUACAAUGUUGUUGAUCCAUCCUCCGCUUUCUCUUAUCACACCCAUUAAACUCUGUAACUGUUUUGGCCUCAUGGUGAAAUUCCAGAGCGGUUUCCUUCCUCUCCAGCAACUGAGUUAGGAAGGACGCCUGUAUCUUUGUAUUGACUGGGUGUAUUGAUACACCAUCCAAAUGGUAAUUUAUAAAUUAAACACGCUCAAAGGGAUAUUCAAUGUCUGCUUUUUUUAUUUUUACCUAUCUACCAAUAGGUGCCCUUCUUUGCGAGGCAUUGGAAAACCUCCCUGGUCUUUGUGGUUGAAUCUGUAUUUUGAAAUUCAGUGCUCGACUGAGGGACCUUACAGAUCAUUGUAUGUGUGGGGUACAGAGAUGACGUAGUCAUUUAAAAAUCAUGUGACUUGUUAAGCACAUUUUUACUUUUGAACUUAUUUAGGCUUGCCAUAUCAAAGGGGUUGAGUACUUAUUGACUCAAGACAUUUCAGCUUUACAUUUUUUAUUAAUUUAUAAAAGUUUCAAAAAACAAUUCCACAAGACAUUAUGGGGUAUUGUGUGUAGGCCAGUGAUGACAAAAUCUCAAUUUAAUCCAUUUUAAAUUCAGGCUGAAAAACAACAAAAUGUGGAAAAAUUCAAGGGGUGUGAAUAUUUUCUUAAGGCACUGUAUACUUAGAUUGGUAGACUCUAAUAUUUGUACUAAAUGUGACCAAAAAAACCAAUAGGAUGUCUGUCACUGGGACUUUUCCUCAUAUGUCAGAUCUAUAAGAAAACCUCACACAAUACCUCCAGUCUCUUCUAAAGAGGGGAAAAGAGACUUGUCGGCCAAACGAGGGGCUUUGGUGUGUUGGAGCAAAAGAUGGGGCCAGAAUGCAUGGCAGCUUUUUCAUUCCACUGACCUGCCAGCAGGACUCUGCCAACCUGGUGAUGAUGCCCACUGCCCAUAGCCCUCUGUCUGGCCAUCCACCUAGGCCUCCUCCCAAUAUCCACACAGACUGACAGAAAGACAUCACCAACAACCACCCAGUCUGCAGCCCAAACCUCCACCAUAGAAUCCUAAGGCCCCCAUUACUCAGACCCUUUCUCGUUCUUAUUCUAUGGUGUUUUAGAGCUUCAUUGUCCUGAGUUGACCUCUAGAAAUUAGGCAAAAAAAAAUUUUUUUACACCAGUAGAGAUUGAAUGGGCUAGCUGUCAGUUUGAAGUGUUCUCUAAUUAUUGAAGUGGAUGGACUGUCUGUAUAAUGAGCUAUGCCAUGUCGAGUAGACAGCAGGACUUAUGGAGAGGCUCUGACACUCACGUCACAUUCCAGGUCAACGAUCAUUCAACUCACCAGAUUUAAGAUCUCCCCAAAACGCAUGAACAGACGCAUGUGUCACGCGCACACACACACGCUGCUCUCAAACACAGAUAGCUCCCACUGUAUUUGUUCAAUCAAAGUAUUUUCUCCAGUGUUGAUUUGCAUUAGAUGUGUGUGUGAUUGCUAUGCUAAAUAAGAACAAAACUUAGUUCUAAAUCACUCAAACCUGAAUCUAACCCUGUGCCAAUAUUAGAUGUUGGGCUGGGAAUUGCCAGGGACCUUUCGACAAAGAAUCCUCCAUUUGCAGCAAUUACAGCAUUGCAGACCUUUGGCAUUCUAGUUGUCAAUUUGUUGAGGUAAUCUGAAGAUAUUUCACCACAUGCUUCCUGAAGUACCUCCCACAAGUUGGAUUGGCUUGAUGGGCACUUCUUACGUACCAUACGGUCAAGCUGCUCCCACAACAGCUCAAUAGGGUUGAGAUUCGGUGACUGUGCUGGCCGCUCCAUUAUAGACAGAAUACCAGCUGACUGCUUCUUCCCUAAAUAGUUAUUGCAUAGUUUGGAGCUGUGCUUUGGGUCAUUGUCCUGUUGUAGGAGGAAAUUGGCUCCAAUCAAGCGCCGUCCACAGGGUAUGGUGUUGCAAAAUGGAGUGAUAGCCUUCCUUCUUCAAGAUCCCUUUUACCAUGUACAAAUCUCCCACUUUACCACCACCAAAGCACCCCCAGACCAUCACAUUGCCUCCACCAUGCUUGACAGAUGGCAUUAAGCACUCCUCCAACAUCUUUUCAUUUGGUCUGCGUCUCACAUAUGUUCUUCUUUGUGAUCCGAACACCUCAAACUUCGAUUCGUCUGUCCAUAACACUUUUAUCCAAUCUUCCUCUGUCCAGUGUCUGUGUUCUUUUGCCCAUCUUAAUCUUUUAUUUUUAUUGGCCAGUCUGAGAUAUAGCUUUUUCUUUGCAACUCUGCCUAGAAGGUCAGCAUCCCGGAGUCGCCUCUUCACUGUUGACGUUGAGACUGGUGUUUUGCGGGUACUAUUUAAUGAAGCUGCCAGUUGAGGACCUGUGAGGCGCCUGUUUCUCAAACUAGACACUCUCUAAUGUAUUUGUCCUCUUGCUCAGUUGUGCACCGGGGCCUCCCACUCCUCUUUCUAUUCUGGUUAGAGCCAGUUACACAACGUUGUACGAGAUCUUCAGUUUCUUGGCAAUUUCUCGCAUGGAAUACCCUUCAUUUCUCAGAACAAGAAUAGACUGACAAGAAUAGACUGACAAUAGACUGAACCAUGAAUUCUGCUCUGUAUCAGAGAAUUCUACAGGAGAAUGUCAGACCAUCCGUCUGUGAGCUGAAGCUGAAGCGCAUCUGGGUCAUGCAGCAAGACAAUGAUCCAAAACACACAAUCAAGUCUACAUGAAAAUUGCUAAAAAGCAACAAAUUGGAAGUUUUGGAAUGGCCUAAUCAAAGUCCAGACCUAAUCCCAAUUGAGAUGUUGUGGCAGGACUUGAAACGAGCAGUUCAUGCUUGAAAACCCACACGUCACUGAGUUAAAGCAGUUCUGCAUGGAAGAGUGGGCCAAAAUUCCUCCACAGCGACGUGAGGGACUGAUCAACAACUACAGGAAGCAUUUGGUUGGAGUCAUUGCAGCUAAAGGUGGCACAACCAGUUAUUGAGUGUAAGGGGGCAAUUACUUUUUCACACAGGGGAAUUGGGUGUUGCAUAACUUUGUUUAUGAAAUAAAUAUGUAAUUGUUGUGUUAUUUGUUCACUUAUGUUCCCUUUAUCUAAUAUUAGGUUUUGGUUGAAGAUUUGAUAACAUUCAGUAUCACAAAUAUGCAAAAGUAGAGAAAAUUAGAAAGGGGGCAAAUACUUUUUCAUGGCACUGUAUAUAUAUAUGUAUAUGUAUGUGCGGCCCCGUGUAGCUCAGUUGGUAGAGCAUGGCGUUUGUGACGCCAGGGUUGUGGGUUCGAUUCCCACGGGGGGCCAGUAUGAAAAAUGUAUGCACUCACUAACUGUAAGUCGCUCUGGAUAAGAGCGUCUGCUAAAUGACUAAAAUGUAAAUGUAAAAUAUGUGUAAAGAUAUAUGUGUAAAGAUAUAUGUGUGUGUAUAUAUAUAUAUAUAUAUAUAUAUAUAUAUAUAUAUAUAUAUAUAUAUGUAUGUGUGUAUAUAUGUGUAAAGAUAUAUGUGUGUGUGUGUGUGUAUGUAUGUAUGUAUGUAUGUAUGUAUGUAUGUAUGUAUGUAUGUAUGUGUGUGUGUGUGUGUGUGUGUGUGUGUGUGUGUGUGUGUGUGUGUGUGUGUGUGUGUGUGUGUGUGUGUGUGUAUAUAUGUAUAUAUAUAUAUAUAUAUAUAUAUAUAUAUAUAUAUAUAUAUACACACACACACACACACACCAGUCAAAAGUUUGGACAGACCUACUCAUUCCAGGGUUUUUCUUAAUUUUUUACUAGUUUCUACAUUGUAGAAUAAUAGUGUAGACAUCAAAACUAUGAAAUAUGACAUAUGGAAUCAUGUAGUAACCAAAAAUGUGUUUAACAAAUCAAAGUAUAUUUGAGAUUCUUCAAAGUAGCCACUCUUUGCCUUGAUGACAGCUUUUCACACGCUUGGCAUUCUUUGCUUCAACAAAGUACUGAGUAAAGGGUCUGAAUAAUUAUCUAAAUGUGAUAUUUCAGUUUUUUAUUUUUAAUACAUGUUUUUGCUUUGUCAUUAUGGGGUAUUGUAUGAUGAUUGAUCAGGGAGAAAAAACUAUUUCAUCCGUUUUAGAUUAAGGCUGUAACGUAACAAAAUGUUGAAAAUGUCAAGGGGUCUGAAUACUUUCCGAAUACACUUAUAUGAUAGAUAUUCUUUUAUUUUUAUUCUAAUCGAUACUUGGAGUUAAAUAAUCAAUAUAAUAGCUUCCAAAAUAAUAUUGCGAUAUGUAACUGUAUAGAUUUGUUCCCCUAUCACUAAUUAGAUGUCUCAUGCGUUUCAAAUCUCACUCAUUUCAAAUGAUUGCAUGACUUCAAUAGGGCUGUGAUGGUCAGGGAAUUUUGAAGGACGGUUAUUGGUCAGCCAAAUGACCGUGGUCACAGUUAGGAGCGUUUGAAUAGCAGUUUUAUUUUUACUACGCACAUUUUCUCAUGCCCUUCGCUCCUGACUGCAUGUAGGGGGGCGUUGCCUAGGCAACCAGCCUGGUUUGCUACAACACCUUGCUUGUUUCAGCACGGCGCAACAAAGUUUCAUCACGUUGUAACGAGUCCAUGCAACCGCGAAAACAGACUCAACCGCACGAAUGCCCGGCCGUCCUGUCUUCAGUCGGCUGUUCGUUCCAAAAAAAAAGAAUAAUUCAAUGGUUAUGACAGUUAUUUAAGAUGGUAACUUUCACCCUUUCUCUCUCCUUCCCCUUGUAGGUCCCCUUCUUUGGGCCUCUGUUCAACGGCGCCAUCGUCACAGGAACGCUGCUGCCCAGCCUGGUGCGUGCCACCUGCAUCAACGCCAGCAGAGCUGUCAAGUCCCAGCUGACGCUCUACCAGAGCUUGUAUCCUUUGUGUGAACUCUUUUUCUCUGUCUCCCCAACCCUUCUUACAGCCCUGUCUGCCUCCACAAGGUAAACAACUGACCACAGAGCUUCAGCAGGUAGGCCGUGCAAGUUUUUCCAGGGAAGGUUAUUUUCUAUGUAUACUUUGUUUUUGCCUGGGCGGAUUAACAUGUGGCGCGUGUUGGGUGAUCUGCAUGGUUGAGUGCUGACACUGAUCUUGAUGCGCUGGCUGAUUUGCAAACAGCGAUUAACAACGCACCGGGUUGUGGUGUUGCGGUGUGUUGCUCAGAACGCAGUAACAUGUGAGGACGCAUGUGUCUGUCUGGGUCUGUAAUGGGGAUCUUGUGUAACCUCUGUGUCAUCUUGUAUCAUGCACUGGGUUUAGACAACAGCAGCAGAGACAUGACUGUCAUUAACCCCUCCUCCCCUCCAUCCCUGUAACAGCCUGCCUGUCGUUAAGGUCCUGAUUUCCAGCUGUACAUGACAGUUGGUUUAAGACGAGCGUAAUCAGUGAUGGAGAUUAAUUUGCAUGUGAAUAAGUUGAGGACUGAAAGAGGGGAGGGAGGUUUUUUUGGAGAGGCCCCCAGUGGGAGAAAUCUGAUCUCCCACAAAGCCUUGCUGCUCCGCCUUUCCCCGGACAGGGACAGGCUGUACAGAGUGGCCUCGCCGGGACCACAGUAGCUCUCUGCUGGUCGUCAUGGUAACACCCAACCUCCAGCUUUUUAGGUUGGACCCAAGUUGUGCAGCCCUCUCAAAUAUUUUUGGGGGCAUCGCGGUAAAGCUCAUUGGUUUGUGUUUUGUAAGGAAAGUGGGCAAGGGGGAUCGAUAAUGUCAGUAGCCUAUAGUAUGUUUUUAAGGUAAUAAUGUGCACUAAACUUUGGCUACAGGUGUAUGUGGCUGUACAUGCUGUAUGUUUGAUGGACAGUUGAAGUCGGAAGUUUACAUACACCUUAGCCAAAUACAUUUAAACUCAGUUUUUCACAAUUCCUGACAUUUAAUCCUAGGAAAAAUGAUCUGUCUUAGGUCAGUUAGGAUCACCACUUUAUUUUAAGAAUGUGACAUGUCAGAAUAAUAGUAGAGAGAAUGAUUUAUUUCAGCUUUUAUUUCUUUCAUCACAUUCCCAGUGGGUCAGAAGUUUACAUACACUCAAUUAGGUAUUUGGUAGCGUUGCCUUUAAAAUGUUUAAAUUGGGUCAAACGUUUCGGGUAGCCUUCCACAAGCUUCCCACAAUAAGUUGGGUGAAUUUUGGCCCAUUCCUCCUGACAGAGCUGGUUUAACUGAGUCAGGUUUGUAAGCUUCCUUGCUCGCACACGCUUUUUCAGUAAUGCCCACAAAUGUUCUAUAGGAUUGAGGUCAGGGCUUUGUGAUGGCCACUCCAAUACCUUGACUUUGUUGUCCUUAAGCCAUUUUGCCACAACUUUGGAAGUAUGCUUGGGGUCGUUGUCCAUUUGGAAGACACAUUUGCGACCAAGAUUGAACUUCCUGACUGAUGUCUUGAGAUGUUGCUUUAAUAUUUACAUUUACAUUUUAGUCAUUUAGCAGACGCUCUUAUCCAGAGCGACUUACAGUUAGUGAGUGCAUACAUUUUUUUUUCAUACUGGUCCCCUGUGGGAAACGAACCCACAACCCUGCUGUUGCAAACACCAUGCUCUACCAACUGAGCUACACGGAACUAUAUAUCCACAUAGUUUUCCUUCCUCAUGAUGCCAUCUAUUUUGUGAAGUGCACCAGACCCUCCUGCAGCAAGCACCCCCACAGCAUGAUGCUGCCACCCCCGUGCUUCACGGUUGGGAUGGUGUUCUUCGGCUUGCAAGCAAUCCCCUUUUUCCUCCAAACGUAACAAUGGUCAUUAUGGCCAAACAGUUCUAUUUUUGUUUCAUCAGACCAGAGGACAUUUCAUCAAGAAGUACGAUUUUUGUCCCCAUGUGCAGUUGCAAACUGUAGUCUGGCUUUUUUAUGGAGGUUUUGGAGCAGUGGCUUCUUCCUUGCUGAGCGGCCUUUCAGGUUAUGUUGAUAUAGGACUCGUUUUACUGUGGAUAUAGAUACUUUUGUAUCUGUUUCCUCCAGCGUCUUCACAGGGUCCUUUGCUGUUGUUCUGGGAUUGAUUUGCUCUUUUCGCACCAAAGUACGUUCAUCUCUAGGAGACAGAACGCGUCUCCUUCCUGAGCGGUAUGAUGGCUGCGUGGUCCCAUGGUGUUUAUACUUGUGUGCUAUUGUUUGUACAGAUGAACGUGGUACCUUCAGGCGUUUGGAAAUUGCUCCCAAGGAUGAACCAGACUUGUGGAGGUCUACGAUUUUCAUUUCUGAGGUCAUGGCUGAUUUCUUUUGAUUUUCCCAUGAUGUCAAGCAAAGAGGCUCUGAGUUUGAAGGUAGGCCUUGAAAUACAUCCACAGGUACACUUCCAAUUAACUCAAAUUAUGUCAAUUAGCCUAUCAGAAGCUUCUAAAGCCAUGACAUCAUUUUCUGGAAUUUUGCUGUUUAAAGGCACAGUCAAUUUAGUGUAUGUAGACUUCUGACCCACUGGAAUUGUGAUACAGUGAAUUAUAAGUGAAAUAAUCUGUGUGUAAACAAUUGUUGGAAAAAUUACUUGUGUCAUGCACAAUGUAGAUGUCCUAACAGACUUGCCAAAAUUAUAGUUUGUUAACAAGACAUUUGUGGAGUGGUGGAAAAACAAGUUUUAAUGACUUCAACCUAAAUGUAUGUAAACCUCCGACUUCAACUGUAUGUGUACUUGCAUUUGUAUGUGCAAUGCACACGGGUGUCCCCCCCCAUCCCACCCACCCAUCAGCGAGCCUCAUAUCAGCCCCUCUCAGGGUCCCUGCGGGCGUCAGUGAGACAGCAGAGAGACAGAUGUCUGUAACCCAAAGCCAAGUGAAUUACUCCAGUGUGAGAUAGACUGAGCUGCCAGCGGGGCCUAGCUGCCACAGGCCUGCCUGCACUGGGAGCCAAGGGGGAAGGGAGCCAGCACUGGGCCGGCCCAGACCAGGCCUACCUGGCAUUCCUUAGCAGGAAAAGAGCAGCACGACAGCCUGAUCUAUGAGAUGAGAUGAGCGCUGGCUGGGCUGGAGUGUUGGCAGUGUGAAGCAGCCAGCCAGGCUGAGGCCCCACAUACUGCAGAUCUGGAUGAUGAGCUGACAAAUGGGUGCUCCCAGCCAAUGGAUGCUGGCAAUGCCAGCACUGGUGUCUUAUGUGUGGGCCAUUUUUCUGGAUGGCUGGAGGAUUACGUUUAAACAAAGAAUGAGUCAUGAGUCACGGAGGUGAUGAGACUAUUUUUUAUCAAGAUAGGGUGCACACACAAACACACACAAACUAUUUUGUAAUUCAGAAAGAUGGGUCAGGAUUUAAGAAAAAAAAUCCUACCAGUAAAUAAAGUUCAGACUAUUUUUGGAAGAAUGUUUUAAGAUACAAUUUAGAUUGCUAUUUGAGGUUUAUUACCUCAACAAAGAGAAGGAGUACCAAAACUAAUGAUAAAUCUAGACUUGACCCACAGGCAUGAACCAUUCCUCCUCCUGCGGAUUGGUUGCUGUAUUGUACCAGUUCUCCAUGUAAGCUCCCUUCUGUUCCUCAUCUCAUCUGCCUCUCAUCUUCUACAAAAUGUAGUUAUUUUAUUUUGGGUUGGAACAAUGACCUUGUCUCUUUUCAGAGCGGGCUGUUUUUGUAGCAGAGAUUAAAUCCCUAUCCAGCGUUUCCCCUCACAAUGCCCCAGCGCUCCCCAAUCUGCUGUCUGUAGCCAGGCCGCUCUCCAAGGUAAUUCGUUUAAUGUUUCUACAAAGAAGAACCACAUGACCUCAGUGCGUCCACAUAAAGGCAGGCCUGGCGCUGUGGUGCUCUCCUCUAUGGCGCUCUGUGGUGUCCUCUCUCCCGCUCCCUCCGCCACAGAACUGAAGAGGUCUCCAGCAGGCAGGCGCUCUGCUGCACCAUCACUCCGGCUAAUUGGAUUUGAUAUUGAAAUAUGACCACCAGCCACAUUGCCGGAGAACACACACACACCAAUCCUCCCUUCCGCUACAAUCCACUGUUUCCUUUUUGCCUCUACACCAUGGUACAUGGAGUAGUUUGUGUGUGAGUGAUUGUUAGUGUGUAGGUGUAUUUGUGACACAUGGUCAGUGUUUAGAUAUCUAAAUCUAUGGGUUUAGGUGUGUCAUUCCCCUCCUGGUCUGUACAGCAUUCUGCUCUAUUCAGUGACAACACAGUGAUGUUAUUUUGGAGCCCUCCCCACUGUUGGAUGUGAAAGAGACAGUCCUGAUGUGAAAGAGACAGUCCUGACCCCACAGACAUUAUAUUACAAGGCCGUCAGAAAUCACACAAACUGUGUCAUCUAUUAUUCAUCUGGCCCUAUUGGAAGAGGCAGCUGCCUUGGCUGUGUGAAUCCUAAUAAUCACCCUGUAUGGACACUGAGCAGCGGGCUGGCUGGCUGCAGUCUACUCCAUUGCCAGAGGGAAUGCACACUCACUGUGUGUGGUGAGGACAUGACAUGAGGGAGGAGAAUACUCUUGACUGACAACUUCCCACUAUAUAAGUAGCACUCCAUAUAUCAAGAGAAUUGGAUAUGUGAACUUCCCUGACAUCCAAUGUGUCAUUCAUUCCCAACCAUGUGGUCCUCUGUAGUUCAGUUGGUAGAGCAUGGCACUUGCAACGUCAGGGUAGUGGGUCGCUUUGGAUAAAAGUGUCUGCUAAAUGGCAUAUUUAUUAUAUAGAUUAUGAUAUGGCUGUAGCAGAGGUGUCUGAGUGGACUUCCUCUGCUUCCACAUAGCCUGUUGGGUUUCUGACUGGAGACUUUAUCUUUAUAUAAGUGUUAUUCUCUCUCAUAAACAAGCACUAGGGUUUGAUGGGCCGUUCACUCCUAGUAAAUGUGUGUGGUGUGGUGUUUAGGUGGCAGGAGCCUCUAAUAGAAUGAAACGCAGCUUCCCCGCUGGACAGAAUCAAUAGCUUUAGCGCGGUGGCCUUACUACCUUCCCUAAGACACACACAUACACAGAGAGAUCCAUCUCCAGGCAGCAAUCAAUAGCCAGAAUCUGUUCCUGCACAUGGCCUGUCAUGUGAGCCAGGCUUUUAGGUGGCAUUGUGGGGAACAUGCAGUGUAGAAGCAGGGAGAGGGAGAGGUUUCAUCUUCUCAGUGAAACACACAGAGCCCAGUUUAACCUAGGGCUGCUACCAACCUCAGAGCCCUGCCUCAAAUAGCCAACCAUCUACCAGCUCUGUAGCUCAGCCUUUACACACUCAUGAACACUUAAUAUAUGUGGGACUCUUGCGAUUUGAUAUUGGCCUACUGCUUUGUGUAGUGAAUUUGUCUAGUGUUUUUCUUGUCCCCGGUGGCCAUGCAUGUUUAAUUAGGGUUGUGGUAGUAUUGAGUGUUGUAUUCUCUCUACCUUCUGAAUAAGGCUUUGUUUCUCUCUCUCAUUGUCCCUACAUGGAUAACAAUGUGUUCUUUAGUACAAGAAGACUCUUUACCUAGUCAAGAGGAAAGCAUAUUUUUGAGUCUUUGAAAGGAGGUUAUGAAUGGGAGAUGCCAUGUUAGUGUACUGUAGCUGAACAUGUAUUAUUUAGCAUUGCUGAUAGGCUGUUAUUUGCCAGCUAGUGUGCCAUAACACUCACCAGUCUCCUGCAGCCCAUGAACUGAGUGCUUGGCUUGGCACAGUGAGAAGGGUGAGCUGAGCCAACUUCCCUCUUUCAUAAGUCUCUUGUGAGAAGUGAUGUGUACAGCCCUAACUCUCCUCUUUGUAAAUUUACAUUUACAUUUUAGUCAUUUAGCAGACGCUCUUAUCCAGAGCGACUUACAGUUAGUGAGUGCAUACAUUAUUUGUUGACAUUUUUCAUACUGGCCCCCCGUGGGAAUCGAACCCACAACCCUGGCGUUGCAAACGCCAUGCUGUACCAACUGAGCUACAUCCCUGCCGGCCAUUCCUUACCCUGGACGACGCUUGGCCAAUUGUGCACCGCCCCAUGGAUUCGAACCAGGAUCUCUAGUGGCACAGCUAGCACUGUGAUGCAGUGCCUUAGACCACUGCGCCACUCGGGAGUUUGUCUUUGAAUUAGAGGCUCUGUGACAUUGUGUGGAAGAGCAACCUGCUUCCAUUAGGUUAGGGUCUUGUUCUGUGUCCAGUCCAGCUCUGUCACAGUCCUGUCCAGCUCUUGUCACAGUCCAGCUCUAAGCUCUGUCACAGUCCAGCUCUCAGGGACGUCCAUUCCCAAUGACCACCCUGACCCAUCAGGACCUCAGAAGUCUGUGGCAGGGUGGAUUGCUAGACAGGGUGUAGGUAGGUGGGGUUGUCAGAGGCAGUUGGGUUGGAGACUGUUGUUGGGUGAAGCAGAGCUUGGGUGGAGUUAGGGUUUGAGUUUGGUGGGGGCCGGGGAGUGGAUGAAAGGGGGGCUAUGGUUGGGGUUUAUGACAUUUUGGGAAGGAGGGAGUUUCCUCUACUGAAUGUUUUAACCUAAUCCCAUUAUCAGUGUAGCGCACUGCCUUCCCCUCAACCCCUCCACUCCUCCGCCCUCAACCCGCCCCCACACCUCUUCAGCUGACCAGCUGUUCCUGGGGCUCACGACAAUGUCUGAUGUGUUCACAUCACUGAGUCCCCCCACUCAACCCACACACCACCACCACUCCAUGGCCGCUCCACUCGGAGCAGCAGACAGCUCUGCCGCUGGGGCCUAGAAGGGCCUGAGGGGGGACAAGGGGAAAAGGAGGGGGACACGCGAAGGCCUGUCAAACCCAGCCUUGACUCAGGAGGCAGCCUGGCCGGAUGGCAUAUGGCGUCUAGCUUCAUACAACAUGCAAAAGUAUUCCCCCCCCACCCCCCUGCUGCUAAUGCAGAAUGACUCACAGCAUUAUAUUUGUUUCCCUCCCUCCUCCCCACCCUGCCUCUAACAAAAGGCGUCCCCCACACACCCUCACAGUGAAAGCCCUGGGGGCCGGUGGCUGAGCAGAGCAGGGCCACUCUUAAACACAGGUAGAGCAGGCAUGGAAACAGACGGCUGAUGGCCGGGGCUGAGGGGCUUGAUGACAGCACAGGGCCCUGAAAGACCAUAAAGACACUGUGUUUGUGUUAGCCGCUGUUUGUCCACUGAUCCUGGGGAUGAGAGGAACACUGAGAGAGAUGAUGAGGAGUUACUGGGGUUUUGUCAGAAGCAUUGAAGUGAUAUUUCUUUGUUGUGUUUUCUUUUUUAUAUUUUUGUUGUGGUAUGGCUAGGUUUUACUAAGGUUGUUAAACUGUCAAUAGUCUCCAAAUGGGAGAAGGUAUCCUAUGAUUUUAUCUGAUCGUUGUCCACGCUUUACUUAAUUGUGUGCCAUUCAACAUUGUGACUGUGUUACUCAAGGUAAUAUUAAAUGGGUAUUUUGAAAGUUGUUAGUUUAAAAAAGAUUUGCCAUCCACAGUUGCAGAACAGACCAGUUUCUGUUUUCAAUACAUGUGCCACCCCAUCACUAAAUAUUUCAAAUCCUGGGAUUGUACACACAUUACAGCACAGCAUGUUACUGAAAGAAUGUCAUGCUCCGUGUAUCUGUAAACUUGAACGCCCCUCCCCUUCCUGCUCCGUCUGUUAUGCAUUCAUGCCUGACAUCUGUCUGUUUGUAAGAGUGCAGUCAAAGGCUGAGAGGUUGCCAGGUCUGCGUGGGAUCCCCCUCUCUCUCCCACCAUCCAGCCAGCCCCGGUAGGGAGGUGUCGGGUAGCGUUACUGGGAUCAGACUGGCUGUAUCAUUAUGAACCUGUCAGGGGUGAAGCCACAUAGGUGUUUGGUAGCCACUAGACACCCCUAGUUCUAAUAACUGUGAAAGCUGUCUCUAUCACCAGUCAUCAAACCCUUGGCCAUUCUUCCAUGGCUUGUUGUUAUGGAGAUUAUUUUUAUUUGUGGAGGAAAAACAUACUUUGAAGGAAUCCCUGGUUGAAAAGUAUUUCUCUGAGAAGAUUGGUGUUGAUGGAUUCUUCAUGCUACGUGUUUUGACUUUGUAAGCAGUCAUAACUGUGGACAGCAGUGGUACUACUCUGUGCACUGUGCGUGCAUUCCACUGUUUUACUCUGUGAAUUGUCAAGCCCCAGUGUUAGGGUGCAUCAAUACUUUUUGUCCUUGUAUAUGGAAGACCAUCCGUUCUGCCUAUCACAGACUCCCUAACUGACUCCAGUGCCGGUACCGCAGUACAUUUCAUUUAAGAAGACGUGUUAAUAGGGAUUUAUGUGUGUGUGGUUCUACGGUGGGUGUAAAACCUGUCUGUCUGCUUUAAGUGAUUAGCAUCCAACUAGCCAUUCCAUCUGUUCCCCUAGCCCUGUUUAAUUAAUGAACUUUCUUUCUCCUCCCAGCCAGCCAAACACCACUAAAGGAAAGCUGUUAGCCCUCUCAGGUUAUCCAAAUGGAUGCUUGUUCUUGUUUCCCCUACAAUGGCUGCAUUGUCAAUGAUUAGUUCGGUUUUGUUUCCCCUCUUUUGUCUCUGGGUUCUUGAGGGAGGGUUAAUGAGCUUCCCUGGGAAGCCUCCGCACAUUGAAUUUAUAAAUAAAUAGGAAUCAUUUUAGUUGUUUUGGUUUUUUGGCAGAAAAACUAAACCGUGCAGGUGUGCACCUCCGUGUGUGGCAUAUGUGUGUCUGUGUGGGUAUUUAUGAAUAGGAUGGGGAAGGCCUUGACGAUGGAAGGGUCCUGGGAGUUUUCUGGUGUUGCUAGUCCAUUAUUCCUCAUCAGAAGCAGAGGUCCUGGAGCACUCAAACACUGGGCUCGCUUCCCCUCCCUUCUCCAGUCUCCCUUCUCCUUAGGCCUGACAUCUUGUAGAAGAUGGAGGAAAGAAUAUAUGUAAAAACCCCUCUCUCCUUCUCUUCCUCGUCUCUCUCCGCUCUCCUUCUAUCUCUCUCGUUCCAACGAGGCACUGGACAGCCUUUGUCCACAUAAAGCUGGGUUCUUUGUGUGCGCGGCCCUUUUUUAUCCUCUUGCUAAUCGCCGUGGUCGUGUGCCCGUGUUUUAGCCCAUAUUUCACGCUCCACUCUCCUUUGUCUGACGCCUGCCCUGAUAAGGAUCCCAGUUCUAGGGCCGCUCUGAUAUUGAAAUCCUCCAGCGUCGCGGAGAGAGCCUUCAAUCAUCCAUUGUCUGCGCUCCAGUGAUUACCAUUCAAUCUCUGUGUCCCUCGUCAUCACCGGCCGGAGCACUGAGACUGUCCCCUGAAAAGACCAGGACUCUCUCUCCUCGCUCUCUCUCUUCUGUCACAUUCAAGCAUAUCCACAGAUAUUUCUGUCAUUGUCUCGAGACGUCCCGUGUUCAAUGCUACCGGGAAAUGUCAGCAAAAUGUCACUCAUCACAUACCCCAGGAUUCUCUCAGUCUCUGUGAUGUGGCCCUGGGUUAGGGACUUCUUUUGUCAAGAAACCUUUGACCUUGCUCUGUUUUGUCCUAAAAUUGGCAUUAGGCUAGCUUUUCAAUUUUAUCAUCAUGAGACUAGAACCACUGUUUGUCUGAAGAUUUUCUUCACAUUGCUUUUAAUUUCACAGCCUUAAUUGGUUAUUUUAUAGAGGAAUUAGUUGAUUAUGUAUAGGUUGUCUCUUUAAACAGUUCAAGGCAGCACCUAUUCCUCUCCUGGCCCAUCUCCAUUGUUUCCCCGUGGAGGAUGUCCUUGUCCUGAGCAUUUGCAUUUUUGCAUUAAGUGGAAUUUUCCACAUAGAGAGACAAGCAAAACAUUAAAGUGUGUAUAGUGCAUUUUCCGCCCCUUUUUCCAGAAAGCGCCCUUUGAUGUGGUAAUUCAGAGAGUAUGUGUACGUUGUCAAGUGGCAGCCAUUGAUUUGGCCACAGAGCAACAUACUGUACAGUAGGCAUUUCUGUGAUUGGCAUUGUCAUUUGGUGGCCUGCAUGUAUUUGCUGUGCUGCUGUUGUUGCUCUGGACAAAGAGUAGGCUUGGUUGAUUAUCUGGUAAUCAGCUCUAGAUUUAUAACCCUCUUAGUAGUCUCUUUCUAAACCUUUUUAGACUUAGACUUUUGACUCACUGUCGUUGUAGAUGUUCCUCGCUAGGUUUUUCCAUUUGAAAUGUUGACAGAAAACCUUGUUUACCAGACCUGCACUCCUCCAAAAGGUUUUGUCAGGAAAACAAAGGCCCUGAGCCAUUAGUUAUGUAUAGCCACUAAUUACUAUUGAUGAGAUUCUAGCAGUUUGGGCUACAAAUCUAUAUGUAUUGUCAUUGUAAUGAGUGUUAUUUACUCUCAGAUCUCCAGGCCAGGGGGAUAUAGAUGGAAUGGCCUUUGUGGAGGCAGAUAUGGCCCUGGCUGCUAUAGUCUACACCCACUUGUUUUGUAUCUGCCGACUUUGACCAAAUCCCGUUUCCCUCCCCCUACUUUGUCGCGGCCAUCUGCAGAGAUGUAUAGCACUUCCCAGCUCUUCCAUCUGUUUUUGUGCAUCCAUGAAAAGGCCCAUUAUAAUCCCUCGCUGUAUGUGGACGCACCGCGAGUUUCUAAACAGGAUGGGCCACCGCGAAACAUCAGCCAGGAAUCCUAGAGGCCUCAGUCCAUCGGUUAAUUAUUUGAGCUCCCUCUUAGAGAUCUUCAUUUUAACGGGUUUUCUAAACAACAUUGUCUCCGUACAUCCCCAUAAACAGACAGCCAGUCUGAAAUGGGGCUGAGGCUGCUGAAUGGGCUCCAUGCAGCCACGCUAGGCUAAGACAGGCUCCUGAUUAACUCUUGAGUGACUAGCUAAUGUCAUUGAAGUAGGACCACCUGGCGAUGAGACUGUACAGUCAGCUGCCAGUGGAGGGCCAGAAUGGGUAGGACCAGGUGUUAGGCCUCCUAAUUGUUGCCAUGUAAUAGCCCGCUUGACUGCACAGUGUGGCCCCAGGGCUAGGAUUAGAAAAGGCUGCUGCCAACACAGAAGACAUCAGUUGUCUUUCUGCCCAGUUUUUUCAUACCUCUUUCUUACCAUCCCACCCCCACUAAUCAUUCCAGGUAGUAGGGAGGCUCCCCAUCCUUCCCCCACCUCAUUGACUCCAGGCCUACUCCACAACCGGCUGUGCUUUCAGGCCUGAGGAGGGGCGGUGGUGGGUUUGAGGAAGGCUGGAGAGAAAGACAAUGAAAGAAAAGAGGGGGAAGAAAGAAAAAGAAGAAAGGGGCGUCAGACAGAGCUGGGAGUUUUCCUGGCCAGGAGGUGGUAAUCCCAGGUGAACAGCCGUGUCCGUACGGGAGCUUUGGGAACUCCAUCUGCGCCUCCUAACCCUUCACACUGUAGAAUAGAGGAGGGCCCCUUCGUUCUGCCAUUCCCUAUGCACCUCCCACGUGUGUCACAUACAUUUAUCAUACUCUUCCUGUCCUCCAAACUGACGCCCGCUCAUAGCAGUAUUAUUACCCUAAUCUUCAAGGAGAACAACGUGGAAAUGAUCCUGAGAGGAAAAAUUGGCCAGCGAUACGGUCUGCUACUGGUUGUCAUUUUUUGAUAAGAGCCCCAACCUCAUUAUGAUUAUAAUUGCAUUGAUUGAAAUAUGGCUGUAAUGCAGAGAUGAGGGCAAAUGAAUUCACUUUUGUCCCUGUAACUAACCUUGGCUCUCCAACGCAUUCAUAACGGAAUGAUAACUGUGAUCAUCUGUAACCCUGUGCUAAUCAUUAGCAUUCCCGUUAAAUGCCUGCCGUUUUGCAUAAGGUUAGAGAGCUCUAUUUACCCACUGAACCUUUCACUGCGAGGCUAAUGUAGGGGCGGGAGAAUGCACUCUGGAGGAUGAAUCCAAACACGGAUCGGAAGCAGACGGCGACUCCACAUGUUAACGCAUAGCAAUCAUUUCCCCGCACAUUAAAAUUUCAGAGUCCUCAUCCGUGUGGUAAAUAUUUCAUUAGCUUUCUGUGGAACACUGUGUUAUCGUUGGGUUAAACCAAAACUCUUUGGCAUAACACAGUGUUGUAUGUGGCCCCGCAGGCUAUUAGGACAUUAGAAUCUCUAUGGAGUGGGACUAAUGUGUCAAACGGGCUAAAGACUGUCUUUCUCUGCUCUUUUGUUGGUUUGGGAUUGAAGCAGGAUACAGGUGGUACGACUCACAUGUUGAAUAUAUGUCUGAAAAUAGCCAUUUUGGUCCACGGUUUCAAAUUGUAUGUGCAUAUCAUGGACACGCAUUGUUCAAAGUCAUGUCCAUCCACCCUCACACUGCACAUACAUAUUCACCUCCCCUGCUCUGUUGAGGACCACAAUUAUUACAGCCAAACAAAGUGCUCAGGCCACAGAAGCUUUCAUCCAAACCUGAUUACCUCAGCUCAGAUUGGACCACCAAGGACAUCUUCAAAGGUUUCUCUGACCACCCACUUCUAGUCUCGAUCUCCUUGAGCAUGUCAGUCAGGCAGUCUUUUAUAGCUCAUCUUAUUAGAACUUUCUGUUAAUGUGAUAGAGCCCUGUGACUGGCUGCUUUUAAUCUCUCUGGGUUUGAUUAAUCAUGUCUCCAUUGUGCUCCACAUCUAAGGCUGAUACGUUAGUGGCUCUGAUCAAUAGACGGCCCUUUGAAAAGGAGAUUUGUUACACAUCGGAAUACUCAUCUGAAUACACAACCAGCCUGCCCUUUGAUGGCAAACAGUCAUGUUGGAUUAACCAAUUGUCAAUGUCAUAAUUUAUUACAUUAUCAGAAAAAUUAUAAUUGUUAUCAAUUUAUUUAUAAACUACUUAGUUACCCAUAAAGUAUACCUUAAUGUAAAGUGUUACCAUCUCAACACUAAGAAGUAGUGUCUCUGUCCCACCAUCCCCAGUUGACCCAUCACGAUGACAUAGUUUUUAGCCCAGUCGAUCCAUAACUCUGGUUUAGAUUGCGUUCAUUUGAUUUGCUAUGAAGUGCUAAUCGAUUUUUAUUGUGCCUCAGGGAAUUGUAAGCUGGCGGCGACAUGGCAUGCUUGAGAAAAUGGGCGACUUCUUCACUGUGGUCCAGUCAUAAAUAAGGGUCAAUGCCAGCUAGCAGACACAGCCCUCUGUCUGGAUUGGUGCUGCUGGCUACUGUAGCAGUGAUGUCACGGGUUAGUAGUGAUGUCACGACCAUAACUCCUCGUGCCCAUGUCUCGCUCUCAGAUGGACGGUGGUAAGGUGUGGAGGUUGGCUUCAGAGGCUGACGCCGAGGGAGACUCAUCCCCCUGAAGGUGUCGUUAACCUGGCCUUAAUGCCAGUGUAAUCCCCUGGGCCUCUGGGGCUCUGGUCCUAAUUAGGCCCCUUGUUAAAGCUCCUGUAACCUGCCAUUACAUUACAGACUGCAGUACAGCUAAUUUGCAUCUUAGCCAGGUCGUUUUUGGAAAUGAGAACAGCUUCUCAAUUCACAUCCCAUGUGACAGUAUAGAUAUCUAUUUUUCUAUCUUUCUCUCUCAACCACCCCUUUCUGAUUCUCACAGGAACAAUCUGUCUGAGACACCAGGGUUUGGAUAUCUUCCUAUGCAUUAUGGGUACUUUGAGUACUUACCAUACUGAGUAGUUUCUGGAAUACGCUCUCUCACGCUCUUUAUCCCCUCUUUGUUUAUUUUGACAGUAUUCCUCUUUCUGCCUCUCUACCUGAAACCAAAUUGUUCUCUGAAGCCUCUCUCUCUCAAUUCAAAGGGCUUUAUUGGCAUGGGAAACAUAUGUUUACAUUGCCAAAGCAAGUGAAAUAGAUAAUAAACAAUCAAAAUAAACAGUAAACAUUAACUCACAAAAGUGAGAAAUUUUUUUCCAGAAAAACGCAUGUCAAAAAUGUUAUUGUCAUGAGGUGAGGUGUAUGUGUGGUGGAAGUCAGGCGCAGGACACCGAGGCUCAGUCCAACAGAGUUUACUCAGAAUUCCAAAAAGGACACGGUAAACUAACGACCUCAAACAAAAAGAGGCGAGCAUUUACGCACAUGCGUAAAACACUAAAAUAACAAACAAGAAACGUAACACGCAACACAAGACAGGCGAACAACAACACACAAUCCUACCAAGCAAAAAGACGGAACUUAUAGGACAGGUGAUGAAUACACAAUAGGACACAGGUGUGACAGACAGACAAAAGCAAACACACACAGAAACAUAGAUCGGUGGCAGCUAGUACUCCGGGGACGGCGACCGCCGACGCCUGCUCGUACCAGGAGGGGGAGCAGCCUCGGCAGAAUCCGUGACAGUACCCCCCCCUUGACGCGCGGCUCCAGCCGUGCGCCGACCCCGGCCUCGGGGACGGCCAGGAGGACGCGGACCCGGGCGCGUGGGAUGCCCACGGUGGAAAUCAGUCAGGAGGGAUGGAUCGAGGAUGUCCCUCCUGGGCACCCAGCACCGUUCCUCCGGACCGUACCCCUCCCACUCCACGAGAUACUGGAGACCACUCAUCCGGCGCCUCGAGUCCAAGAUGGUCCGGACUCUGUACGCCGGGGCCCCCUCGAUGUCCAAAGGGGGCGGAGGGGUCUCUCCUAUCUCAUUAUCCUGGAGUGGACCAGCUACCACCGGCCUGAGAAGAGACACAUGGAACGAGGGGUUAAUAUUUUUGUACUCUAUAGGCAGUUGUAACCUGUAACACACCUCGUUCAACCUUCUCAGGACUUUAAAGGGCCCCACAAACCGCCGACCCAGCUUCCGGCAGGGCAGGCGGAGGGGCAGGUUUCGAGUCGAGAGCCAGACUCGAUCUCCCGGUGCGUACACCGGCCCCUCACUGCGGUGGCGAUCGGCGCUCGCCUUUUGUUGACGGAUGGCACGCUGCAGAUGGACAUGGGCAGCGUCCCACGUCUCCUCCGAGCGCCGAAUCCACUCGUCCACCGCAGGGGCCUCGGUCUGGCUCUCGUGCCACGGUGCCAGGACCGGCUGAUACCCUAAAAUACACUGGAAAGGUGUUAAUCCGGUGGAGGAGUGGCGGAGAGAGUUCUGGGCCAUCUCUGCCCAGGGGAUAUACCUCGACCACUCCUCCGGCCGGUCCCGGCAAUAGGACCUCAAAAACCUACCCACAUCCUGGUUCACACGUUCAACCUGCCCAUUGCUCUCUGGGUGGUACCCCGAGGUAAGGCUAACCGAGACCCCCAGGCGUUCCAUGAAAGCCCCCCAGACUCUGGAGGUGAACUGGGGACCUCGGUCGGACACAAUAUCCUCGGGGACCCCAUAGUGCCGGAACACGUGGGUAAAGAGGGCCUCGGCGGUCUGUAGGGCAGUAGGGAGACCCGGCAGUGGGAGGAGACGACAGGCCUUAGAAAACCGAUCCACAACGACCAAAAUGGUGGUAUUACCCUGGGAAGGGGGUAGAUCGGUCACAAAAUCUACCGAGAGGUGGGACCAUGGUCGUUGUGGAACGGGCAGAGGAUGUAACUUACCUCUGGGCAAAUGUCUAGGUGCCUUACACUGGGCACAUACCGAGCAGGAGGAGACAUAAACCCUCACAUCCCUGGCUAACGUUGGCCACCAGUAUUUUACGCUAAGGCAGUGCACCGUCCGACCAAUACCAGGAUGUCCAGAGGAGGGUGAUGUAUGAGCCCAAGAAAUAAGCCGAUCACGAACCUCGAGCGGAACGUACGUCCGCCCCACAGGACACUCGGGGGGAGUAGGGUCGGUACGCAGCGCCCGCUCGAUUUCCGCAUCGACCUCCCAUACUACCGGAGCCACCAGACAAGACUCCGGCAGUAUGGAAAUAGGCUCAAUGGACCUCUCCUCUGUGUCAUACUGCCGGGACAGGGCGUCUGCCUUACCGUUCUGGGACCCAGGGAUGUAUGUGAUCUUAAAAACAAACCGGGUCAGGAACAUGUUCCACCUAGCCUGACGAGGGUUCAAUCUCCUAGCUGCCCGGAUGUACUCCAGGUUACGGUGAUCAGUCAGAAUGAGGAAAGGGUGUUGAGCCCCCUCAAGCCAAUGCCUCCACACCUUUAGGGCCUGGACUACAGCUAACAGCUCUCUGUCCCCAACGUCAUAAUUGCGCUCCGCCGAGCUGAGCUUCUUAGAGUAGAAUGCACAGGGGCGGAGCUUAGGUGGCGUGCCGGACCGUUGUGACAGGACUGCCCCAAUACCGGUCUCGGACGCGUCCACCUCUACUUGGAAAGGCAAAGAGGGAUCCGGAUGCGCCAGCACCGGGGCCGAGGCGAACAGGUUCUUCAGCUUGACAAAUGCCAUGUCCGCCUCAGCUGACCACUGCAAGCGCACCGGACCCCCCUUUAGCAGGGACGUAAUGGGAACUGCAACCUGUCCAAAGCCCCGGAUAAACCUCCGGUAGUAAUUAGCAAAACCCAAGAACCGCUGCACCUCUUUUACGGUGGUUGGAGUUUGCCAAUUACGCACAGCCGAUACCCGAUCUACCUCUAUCUCCACGCCAGACGCGGACAACCGAUAACCCAAAAAGGAGACGGACUCCUGGAAGAACAGGCAUUUCUCUGCCUUGACAUACAAGUCAUGCUCCAACAGUCGUCUCAAUACUCGGCGCACCUGGGCUACAUGCUCGGCUCGUGUAGAAGAGUACACCAGGAUGUCGUCGAUGUAAACUACUACACCUUGCCCAUGCAUGUCCCGGAAAAUCUCGUCAACAAAGGAUUGGAAGACUGAAGGAGCAUUCAUUAACCCGUAUGGCAUGACGAGAUACUCGUAAUGACCCGAGGUGGUACUAAAUGCUGUCUUCCAUUCAUCCCCCCCCUUAAUGCGCACCAGAUUGUACGCGCUCCUGAGAUCUAACUUUGUGAAGAAUCGCGCUCCGCGUAAUGAUUCCGUCAUCGUCGCAAUCAGUGGCAGUGGGUAGCUGUAUUUAACUGUAAUCUGAUUGAGACUACGAUAAUCAAUACACGGGCGCAAUCCCCCGUCCUUCUUCUUCACAAAGAAGAAACUCGAGGAGACUGGGGAAGUAGAAGGCCGUAUGUAUCCCUGUGCCAAGGACUCGGCUAUGUAUGUCUCCAUAGCCGCUGUCUCCUCUUGAGACAGGGGAUACACAUGACUCCUGGGAAGAGCUGCUCCAGUCUGGAUAUUUAUCGCACAGUCCCCCUGUCUAUGAGGAGGUAGCCUUGUUGCCCUCGAUUUACUAAAGACCAGUGCUAAAUCCUCAUACUCGGGGGGAAUGCGCAGUGCGGGCACUUGGUUCGGACUCUCUACCGAGGUCGCCCCUAAGGAAACACCUAGACAUCUCCCUACACACUGGGCAGACCACUCCAUAAGAGCCCUCUGUUGCCACGCUAUGGUAGGAUCGUGGGUACUUAACCAGGGAAGCCCCAACACCACUGGGUACGCAGGAGAGUCAAUCAGAUAGAACUGAAUGAUCUCCUCAUGACCCCCCUGCGUAGUCAUCGUCAGCGGUGCUGUGACAUCCCUGAUCAGACCCGACCCCAACGGCCGGCUGUCUAAUGCAUGGACAGGGAAUGGAACUUCUACCGGCCGAAGGGGAAUUCCUAACCUAGCACAAAAUUUACGAUCAAUAAAGUUCCCAGCUGCGCCUGAAUCUACUAGCGCCUUAUGCUGGGAAUGAGGUGCCACCUGUGGAAAACGCACAGGAAUACUCAUGUGACCAACAGAGAGCUCUGGGUAAGUGGGGCGCCUACUCACCUGAAAUGACUCCCCAGUGCGUGACCUGUUGUCCCCUCUCUCAGAAGACCCUCCCCAGCACCUGGCCGUGGUGUGUCCUCCACGGCCACACUUUUUUUUUUUUUUUUUUUUUUUUUAUUUCACCUUUAUUUAACCAGGUAAGCCAGUUGAGAACAAGUUCUCAUUUACAACUGCGACCUGGCCAAGAUAAAGCAAAGUAGUGCAAUAAAAACAACAGAGUUACAUAUGGGGUAAAAAAAACAUAAAGUCAGAAAAUACAACAGAAAAUAUAUAUACAGUGUGUGCAAAUGUAGCAAGUUAUGGAGGUAAGGCAAACUUGGUGCAGGGGUGGGCCCUCCUCGGGUUCUCCCUCCUCCUCUCUCUAGCGCCAGCACCCCCGAGCUCCAUAGGAAUAGGCUCGGAGGUGCUGGAGGAUGGAAUGGACGACCCCCACUCGGGACGUCCGCGGGUAGCCAGCAGGGUGUCUAGACUGAUGGAGAUGUCCACCAGCUGGUCGAACGACAGGUUGAUGUCCCUGCAGGCCAUCUCACGACGAACGUCCUCUCGUAGGCUACACCGAUAGUGGUCAAUGAGGGCCCUCUCAUUCCAUCCCGCAUCCGCUGCUAGUGUCCGGAACUCCAGUGCGAACUCCUGUGCGCUCCUCUUCCCCUGUCGGAGGUGGAAUAGACGCUCUCCCGCCGCUUUCCCCUCAGGUGGAUGAUCGAAGACAGUCCUGAAGCGGCGGGAAAACUCCGCGUAGGUGAUGGUGGCGGCGUCUAUUCCCCUCCAUUCGGCGUUGGCCCACUCCAACGCCUUCCCGGAGAGACAGGAGAUGAGGGCGGAGACGCUCUCGUAUCCCGAGGGCGCCGGGUGUAUGGUGGCAAGGUAAAGUUCUACCUGUAGGAGAAAGCCCUGACACCCGGCUGUAGAACCGUCAUAUGCCCUCGGGAGCGAGAGCCGAAUGCCACUGGGUUCCGGUGCUGAGAGAGGAGGACUGGCCGUUGGUGCUGGGAUGGUGUGAGAAGGCGUGGGCACCUCCCGAUUCAUCAACCGGCGCAGACUGUUGGACACCUCGUCCAUGGCGACCCCGAGUUGCCGGAUCAUGGCGUCCUGGUAAUUAAUCCGGUCCUCCAGGGAAUCGGGUAUCGCCGCUGUUCCUGCUGACUCCAUGGAGAUGGUGUGUUGUUCUGUCAUGAGGUGAGGUGUAUGUGUGGUGGAAGUCAGGCGCAGGACACCGAGGCUCAGUCCAACAGAGUUUACUCAGAAUUCCAAAAAGGACACGGUAAACUAACGACCUCAAACAAAAAGAGGCGAGCAUUUACGCACAUGCGUAAAACACUAAAAUAACAAACAAGAAACGUAACACGCAACACAAGACAGGCGAACAACAACACACAAUCCUACCAAGCAAAAAGACGGAACUUAUAGGACAGGUGAUGAAUACACAAUAGGACACAGGUGUGACAGACAGACAAAAGCAAACACACACAGAAACAUAGAUCGGUGGCAGCUAGUACUCCGGGGACGGCGACCGACGACGCCUGCUCGUACCAGGAGGGGGAGCAGCCUCGGCAGAAUCCGUGACAGUUAUAAAUUGAUUUGCAUUUUAAUGAGGGAAAUAAGUAUUUGACCCCCUCUCAAUCAGAAAGAUUUCUGGCUCCCAGGUGUCUUUUAUACAGGUAACGAGCUGAGAUUAGGAGCACACUCUUAAAGGGAGUGCUCCUAAUCUCAGCUUGUUACCUGUAUAAAAGACACCUGUCCACAGAAGCAAUCAAUCAGAUUCCAAACUCUCCACCAUGGCCAAGACCAAAGAGCUCUCCAAGGAUGUCAGGGACAAAAUUGUAGACCUACACAAGGCUAGAAUGGGCUACAAGACCAUCGCCAAGCAGCUUGGUGAGAAGGUGACAACAGUUGGUGCGAUUAUUCGCAAAUGGAAGAAACACAAAAGAACUGUCAAUCUCCCUCGGCCUGGGGCUCCAUGCAAGAUCUCACCUCGUGGAGUUGCAAUGAUCAUGAGAACGGUGAGGAAUCAGCCCAGAACUACACGGGAGGAUCUUGUCAAUGAUCUCAAGGCAGCUGGGACCAUAGUCCCCAAGAAAACAAUUGGUAACACACUACGCCGUGAAGGACUGAAAUCCUGCAGUGCCCGCAAUGUCCCCCUGCUCAAGAAAGCACAUAUACAGGCCCGUCUGAAGUUUGCCAAUGAACAUCUGAAUGAUUCAGAGGAGAACUGGGUGAAAGUGUAGUGGUCAGAUGAGACCAAAAUCGAGCUCUUUGCCAUCAACUCAACUCGCCGUGUUUGGAGGAGGAAGAAUGCUGCCUAUGACCCCAAGAACACCAUCCCCACCGUCAAACAUGGAGGUGGAAACAUUAUGCUUUGGGGGUGUUUUUCUGCUAAGGGGACAGGACAACUUCACCGCAUCAAAGGGACGAUGGACGGGGCCAUGUACCGUCAAAUCUUGGGUGAGAACCUCCUUCCCUCAGCCAAGGCAUUUAAAAUGGGUCGUGGAUGGAUAUUCCAGCAUGACAAUGACCCAAAACACACGGCCAAGGCAACAAAGCAGUAGCUCAAGAAGAAGCACAUUAAGGUCCUGGAGUGGCCUAGCCAGUCUCCAGACCUUAAUCCCAUAGAAAAUCUGUGGAGGGAGCUGAAGGUUCGAGUUGCCAAACGUCAGCCUCAAAACCUUAAUGACUUGGAGAUGAUCUGCAAAGAGGAGUGGGACAAAAUCCCUCCUGAGAUGUGUGCAAACCUGGUGGCAAACUACAAGAAACGUCUGACCUCUGUGAUUGCCAACAAGGGUUUUGCCACCAAGUACUAAGUCAUGUUUUGCAGAGGGGUCAAAUAUUAUUUCCCUCAUUUAAAAUGCAAAUCAAUUUAUAACAUUUUUGACAUGCAUCUUUCUGAAUUUUUUUGUUGUUAUUCUGUCUCUCACUGUUCAAAUAAACCUACCAUUAAAAUUAUAGACUGAUCAUGUCUUUGUCAGUGGGCAAACAUACAAAAUCAGCAGGGGAUCAAAUACUUUUUUCCCUCACUGUAUUCUGCCACUGUGUACUCUCUGUUUAGGGCCAAAUAGCAUUCCAUUUUGCUCUGCUUUACUUUUCGUCAGCCAUCAAGAUGAGUAGGCCUAACGAACAGUAUAGUACAAAGGUCGACCUAUUCUAUUCUGUGCAAUAAAUAAAUAUUCAAAAAAUAGUCUGGGACAGUUGUGGGAUGCGAUAGAUCCCAAAUUAAUACAACCACUAGCAUCAAAAACCUUUUUUACGCAAUGUGGCUGACUCAACAGAUCAGAACGUUUAGCUUAAAAUGUUGAUAAACUGUUAGGCUAUUUCUUCACAAUAAUAGGCGCAGCAAUGCGCACAUGGUAGUAGGCUAUAAGCGCGAAUGUUCCAUUAACGGAAAACACUAUUAUCAAAAGUGAACGCAAAUGCAAUUAUGCAUGUAAUGCUUUUAUUAUAAAGGUGCAUUUUUAUGGUGAAAAUAAUCUUCCCCAAACUUGAAACUCACGUGCUGCUUAUGUAUGCCAGUUAGGCUCUACACCCCUUGUAAAGUGUAUUAAUGUGCUUAAUUUUAAGAAGUUAUUUGGGUGCUCUAGUUGUGAUACAAACCUUAUUAAAACAUAUAGGCCUAUGGGCUCUUUUCUGGAUUUUGAUAAUUCAUGGAUAUCGGCCUAAUUCUGCUCUGGAUGCAUUAUUUGGUGUUUUACGUUGUACACGAAUGAUGUUUUUGCAGAAUUCUGCAUGCAGAGUCUGUUUGGUGUUUGUCCCAUUUUGUGAAUUCUUGGUUGGUGAGCGGACCCCAGACCUCACAACCAAAAAGGGCAAUGGGUUCUAUAACUGAUUCAAGUCUUUUUAGCCAGAUCCUAAUUGGAUGUUGAAUUUUAUGUUCCUUUUGAUGGCGUAGAAGGCCCUUCUUGCCUUGUCUCUCAGAUCAUUACCUGUGGUUCUGAUGUUUAGGCCAAGGUAGGUAUAGUUUUUUUGUGUGCUCUAGGGUAACGGUGUCUAGAUGGAAUUUGUAUUUGUGGUCCUGGCAACUGGAUCUUUGUUGGAACACCAUUAUUUUUGUCUUACUGAGAUUUAUUGUCAGGGCUUCGGCUGACAGAAUCUGUGCAGAAGAUCUAGGUGCUGCUGUAGGCCCUCCUUGGUUGGGGACAGAAGCACCAGAUCAUCAGUAGACAGUAGACUUCAAAUUCAUUGAUAUAUAGAUUGAAGAGGAUGGGUGGUCUGUAUAUUUUAUAAUAUCAUUUAGGAAGCGAUCAACACCACAGGCCUUUUUGGGUUGGAGGGUUUGUAGUUUGUCCUGUAGUUCAUUCAAUGUAAUUGGAGAAUCCAGUGGGUUCUGUUAGUCUUUUAAUAGCUGAUUCUAAGAUUUGUAAUUUAUCAUGUAUAUGUUUUUGCUGUUUGUUCUUUGUUAUCGAGCCAAAAAGAUUAGAGAAGUGGUGUAUCCAUACAUCUCCGUUUUGGAUAGAUAACUCUUCAUGUUGUUGUUUGUUUAGUGUGUUCCAAUUUUCCCCGAAAUGGUUAGAUUCUAUAGAUUCUUCAAUUACAUUGAGCUGAUUUCUGACGUGCUGUUCCUUCUUCUUCCGUAGUGUAUUUCUGUAUUGUUUUAGUGAUUCACCAUAGUGACAGCGUAGACUCAGGUUUUCUGGGUCUAUGUUUUUGGUUGGAUAGGUUUCUAAAUUUCUUUCUUAGGUUUUUGCAUUUUUCAACAAACCAUAUGUCAUUAUUUAAAAUUUUCUUAGGUUGUCUGCUUGAAUUUUUUAGAUUUGAUAAGGUCAAAUAUACAGUUUAGGCUUUCUACUACCAAGUUUACACCUUCACUAUUAAAGUGAAAUGUUUUGUCCAGGAAGUUGUCUAAAAGGGAUUGAAUUUGUUGUUGCCUAAUAGGUUUCUACACUACUUUCCUUCCACCUAUAGCAUUUCUUAAUAUUGUGCAGUUCCUUUGGCUUUGAUGCCUCAUGAGUAUUAUCUGUUCAAGUAGACUGUGAUUUUACUAUGAUCUGAUAGGGGUAUCAGUGGGCUGACUGAACGCUCUGACAAACUCUGGGUUGAGGAAGGUGAUAAAGUAAUCUACAGUACUACUGCCAAGGGAUGAGCUGUAGGUGUACCUACCAUAGAAGUCUCCUCGAAGCCUACCAUUGACUAUGUACAGACCCAGCGUGCGACAGAGUGCUCUCUCUGUCAAUUCAAAGGGCUUUAUUGGCAUGGGAAACAUAUAUGUUUACAUUGCCAAAGCAAAUGGAAUAGACAAUAAACAAAAGGUAAAUAACCAAGGGAAACAUUAGUAAACAUUACACUCACAAAAGUUUUAAACGAAUAUAGACAUUUCAAAUGUCUCUCUCUCUUUGUCCCUCUUCCCCAUAAUCACCUCACACAUCUGGGGCUUUCCACUGGGACGAGCUUCACACCUUGGCGCGCUCUGUGACAACCGGUACCGCUGGCCUGCCUGGCACUCACCGCCCAGCCCCUGUCCAAUCAACACCUGCACUCUCUCUCUCUCACUCCCUCUCCUUCUCUCUCUCCCUCCCUCUCUCUACUACACUCUCUGCCUGUGUAAUGGCUCCUUUCCUCCUCUCCACACCAUUUAUUUUUAGGAGAUGACACCUUGAGACUUUAUUAAUAUGAAUUUCUUCAUGCAAUGUCAUACAAACCUGUCUGGACCAAAUUAAUGAGAUAUGUACAUAAUUCAUAUUGAUUGAUAGAUGGUGUGUGUGGGGGGGGGGGGAUAGGGGUGGUGUAUUUAAUUCAGGAGGAAGGAGUCGUGUGUGUGUGUGUGUGGUAUUCCUGUUCAUGCGCCACUAACAUCCCUGAAGUAUCAGGCCUUUUCCCCUCUUAACGGGCCAAUUAUGUUACUGCUGCUAGUCAAUGCGGUGGCCACCCCCACACUCCUACCCUCUCCUCUCCUCUCCUCUCCUCAGGAAGGUCAAGCUGAUUGGCAGAGAUUAAUGGGCAGAUCUGGGCGAGAGAGGUGAGAGUGGGGGUCAAGCACCCACAGGCACUCUACCACCUCUCCACCUCGUCUCCAGACUGCUAGAGGCCAUUUAGCAAGAGGACUUUUAUACCAACAGGAUUAACCUUGGCUCUUCAUCCUCAGCAGUUACUUACUCUCUAGUGUUGUAGGAGAGACAGAAUUCUCUGUGCUAUUGUGUAAUUACCUUGUUGGUACAGUGUAAUACAUGAGGUAAUGCAAAUAAAAGAUGGUGAAAGGUCGGUUGAAAAGGAUAGUGAAAAGGUACCAAACUACUGGCUACUGACUGCUUAAUUAGAGGCUAGUUGAGUGUCUCUUGGGCCAAUCCUUCACAUGUAUCAUAGCAGCUCAGAGCUGAGUGUGCUGUGCAUACCACUCAGAGCAAAGACAGCCUCUCCUCCCCAUAGAGAGAGGCCAGAGCCACCAAGAUCCUUGACCUCCCCUCAGGCUCCUGCCCUGGAGCCCUAUAGUCUAAUGUUUCUAACCUGUCAGUCAGGUUGAGGGGACUCUGGCCACUGCUUAUGCUCCCCACUGCAGGCUCUCAGUGGAGCUAAUUGACCUGUUUGGCUCCUGUCUAGCCUGUGAGAGGGAGACCUCAGGAUAGGGUUUUGAAGCCCUCUCCUCUGGACUCUAAUCCGGUGGUGUGGAGACCCCUGUUGUGAGGCCCUCUCAACAGAUUAACCUCUUGGUGUGUCCUGAACUCUCACACUGCCAGCUCCCAUCCCACAGCCUAAAAUGAUGGUUUCCAUUUGCUUUGUACAAUUCUCAGAGGAUGAGAGGACUGCGUUCCAGUCCGCUGGAAGUUCCAGUUGACAGAAAAGGAAAUACUUGUUUUCACUCUGCUCUCCGUUAGAUGAACUCUGUCUUUGUGUUGUUCUGGUGGACUAAUAAUCCUAGUCCUUUGGCUAGUAUGAAUGAUAAUCCCAGAUGGAUGCGUAUGUCCCUCCCUGCUCUGUGUGGGGAGCAGUAUGUGUGAGUGAUGUUGUGCAAAAUAGAGGUCAGCGCUGGACUGAUUUCUUCAUCCCGCACCCGCCCGCUCCCGCUGGCUUUCUGUCCAACUCCCACAUGCUACCGCAAGAACUGGUCCCGAACCCAACCGCAGUCCCACAAUGUUAUUUUAGGUGUAUGUGAUGCAGCUCACUCGCCAGCCAUGGUCCCAGCAGUUGUGUGCCCUAUAGACAAUAUCAAAAUGCGCAAACAUAACCUAAGAAGUAGCCUAGGUUAAAUUACCAGAGAUUGUCACGUGGGCCAUUAUACACUGCAUGACCAAAAGUAUGUGGACACCUGCUCGUCGAACAUCUCAUUCCAAAAUCAUGAGCAUUAAUAUGGAGUUGGUCCCCCCUUUGCUGCUAUAACAGCCUCCACUCUUCUGGGAUGGCUUUCCACUGGAUGUUGGAACAUUGCUGCAGGGAUUUGCUUCCAUUCAGCCACAAGAGCAUUAGCGAAGUCGGGUAUGAAUGUUGCGCGACUAGGCCUGGCUCGCAGUCAGCGUUCCAAUUCAUCCCAAAGGUGUUAGAUGGGGUUGACGUCAGGGCUCUGUGCAGGCCAGUCAAGUUCUUCCACACCAAUCUUGACAAACCAUUUCUGUAUGGACCUCACUUUGUGCACAUGGGCAAUGUCAUGCUGAAACAGGAGGGGGCCUCCCCAAAGGGCCUCCCCAAACUGUUGCCACAAAUUUGGAAGCACAGAAUUGUCUAGAAUGUCAUUGUAUGCUGUAGCGUUAAGAUUUCCCUUCACUGGAACUAAGGGGCCUAGCCCGAACCAUGAACAACAGCCCCAGACCAUUAUUCCUCCCCUACCAAACUUUACAGUUUGCACUAUGCAUUGGGGCAAGUAGCGUUCUCUUGGCAUCCGCCAAACCCAGAUUAGUUUGUCGGACUGCCAGAUGGUGAAGCGUGAUUCAUCACUCCAGAGAACGUAUUUCCACUGCUCCAGAGUCCAAUGGCGGCAAGCUUUACACUACUCCAGCUUCAGCACUCGGCGGUCCCGUUCUGUGAGCUUGUGUAGCCUACCACAUCGUGGCUGAGCCGUUGUCGCUCCUAGACAUUUCCACUUCGCAAUAACAGCACUUACAGUUGACCAGGGCAGCUCUAGCAGGGCAGAAAUUUGAUGAACUGACUUGUUGGAAAGGUGGCAUCCUAUGACUGUGCCACUUCAGAAAGGCCAUUCUACUGCCAAUGUUUGUCUAUGGAGAUUGCAUGGCUGUGUGCACGAUUUUAUACACCUGUCAGCAACGGGUGUGGCUGAAAUAGCCAAAUCCACUAAUUGAAAGGGAUGUCUAAAUACUUUUGUACUUCUAGGCAAUGUAGUAAACUGUAGCCUAAUCAUAUUUAGGAAGUACAUUUCCUUGGAAAUAUAACUGCCAGUGAUUCUCCACCCAUGCAUAGGCUGUAUCCUACUCUAUUUUAAUUGAGACCACAUGCGCACCUGAUCUCGCACCUAUGGCUACUGAAUUUGAAGCAGCAAGAAUGAUGAGAGCGGACACUUACACUUUCAAACAUUUGGGAUUGCACUUCGACUAACGUUGGUUGAGUGUCCUCCACUUUCCAUUAUCAAUAUCUAUGUACAGACACUGUAGUAAACUAUAGCCUAUUCAUAUUUAAGUAAAUUUCCUUGGAAAGAUGACUGCCAGUGAUUCUCCACCCAUGCAUAGACAGUCUACUCUAUUUCAUUGAGACAUAUAUAUAUAUAUAUAUAUAUAUAUAUAUAUAAUAACUAGGCACACUUGAUCUCACACACCCAACUAGAGAGGAAGGCUACUGGUGUUGAAGCAGUGAACUGAGAGUGUGUGAAUAAUGCUACAAAGAUGUGUUUUUAAUACAAUAGGUAGGCUAACACAUACAAAGUAGAAAGAGGACAGUUUCCAAAUAAUCUGUGGGACAACAAAAAUAUUUUCAUCCCAAAGUUGUCUGUCUGAACGCCCGCUCCCACCCGCAGCAUGAAAAAUGCAGACCGCGCCGCAAUGAUCUCUGUCGGGACCUGCAGGUCCCGCGGGCAUACAGCCCUCUUGUACAAGGGUCAGGGGGCAGUGAGGCCUUCUGUCAGCAGGGUGCAAGGGGGCACAAAGAGAGAGGGGUGGCAGGCAGGCCUGCUCAGAAUGCCUCUCUCUGGAGAGAUUGAGGUGGGGGGGGGUUAAAAUGUGGAUGGGGGUGGGGGGGGGGGCACUGAGGUUCAAUAUAAGUCCCUCUGGACUGGGAGGGUGCAGAGAGAGACUGAGGAUGGAUCCCUCUGGAGGAAGAGGGAGAGAGAAGGGGUGUAGGGGUCCCGGGCCAGAGCAGCCUGCUAAUGAAGAGCCAUCUGAGGCCCUAUUCACCUUGAACAUGGCUCACUGCUGCUGCUACUACUCACUGCUGCUGCCUGACCUUGGCUUUGAUCCACAAAGGCGCUUGACCCUGGAUUCCCCCUUGGCCACCCUGCCAUCUGGACAUUACGCUCUCACACACACACACACACACACACACGCAUGCAUAUGCAUCAUGCGUUAACACAUGCACGCACACGUGCAGACACACACACGUGCACUAUUGUGUGUGUGCCGUCUGUUUCAGGGAACACAUAUUGGCUUGUUUAUAAGAGUGCCAGAGUUCUUAAUGUGUGGAGGCUACAUGCGAAUUGUACACACACACACACACCUCACCCAACAGGCACACACCGGCUUUAUCUGAGUUAUAAGUCACUGCCUUUUGUCCCAGUGAGCACCAUGGGGGCAGAGUUAGUGGAGGGGAGGGGUUGUUGUAGGGCAGGAGGACUAUUAUCUAUUAAAUGCCUACAUGUUGUUGCUAUUGUCAAGUGGAUUUGAAAUGUGAUUUUUUAGUCAUAACCAAGCCUUUGUGAUUUCUCCUUCUCUCACAGUUUCUUUUAAAGGCUGACCUGUUGUUGAGUGAGGUCAGAGCAUUAUUUUACAUUGCAGGUUGUUUCCAAACUCGUCUGACUGAAAAGAUUUGUCAGUUGCUCACACAGCGUUCUGACACGCUUCAGAGACAUGAUAUUCCCACUCCGCUCCUCUCCCUAAUGGGAACGGGCAGCUGCUUGGAACUUGGGGGAAUAUUGGGAGGUUCUUAGUGGUAGAACAUGCUUCUCUGGAAGCCUCUCAACCGCUCUUUUUUACUUUACAGUUCAACUGUGA